UCUUGUUGGGAUUUUUAUGUAGCAAUGUGUCAGCUCGACAGACAAACCCCUCUCUUGUGGAAGUUGACCCCUGUCACUUUGGCAAGCUUCUCCUAAAUGGGGAAGGGGUUGGAAGUGGCCUUCGGUAGCGUAAGGAGACAGUGAUAGCAAGGGGACCGAAAAGGAGGUGGACAUUAAUUCACAUACUGAGUAGUUUGCCAUACUUGUGCAUUGUUUGGAUCCCAGCCAAAGUGAAGGAUGUGUUUCCAGUUGAUCCUAGAUCAACUGUAAUGGGAAAUAAAAGAGAUCAAAGGGCCCAAUUCAAACUUCUGUGGUGCUGUGUGAGUUGUGAGCCAAAAAGGCUUCAACCUGAUGCCCUUGAAUUUACUGCUCUAUAAACCCCCAUUUACAUCUGGAUGGCCACAGAUUCCAUACUCCUAUUAGAAGGCGACAGAAAACAAGACAAAGAAGGCUCAGGACUGAUGCUGGAUAACUUGCACAACUGUAAAACGACUGCAUUCUAUUGGGUUUCCCAUACUCUCCUCUGUAGGUAUCAGCAGCGGUACUAAGAGGGGCUCCUGCUUCAUAAAAUUAUAGUAGCUUGAAAACUAAUAUUCUACUAUGCCAAAUUGUUAGAUAUCCUGGCUCUCUGAUGUGUUCUUAGCAGCUGUGUUUUUGCACAGGUGUAUUUCUCCUGUCCUUCCCCUCCCCCCAAAAAGAGUGAGAGAUGAAGUCAGUAAACCAGCAAGCAGCGAGUUAUAGCAAUUAGGUCAACAGGAUGAGAUAAAAGCAUAUAUGAAAGGCUUAGUCCCUGGUGAGACAUAGAGGUCAUACUAGCUUGAAGCAAUUCCUGAGACAUCAAUGUAGGAAUCUUCCUGUCUGAUUAAUAUGAUGAUUCCUCGGGAGAGUUUCAGAUCAAAUGCAUCACCAAGGUUAUAAGACCAUCAAAGGCAACUGUUUGGAAGUGGGGAGUGGGGAAAGAAUCCUGCACCGGAGUGAACCAAUCCCCUGUAGCCCUUUCUUAUCAGUAUUCAGCUAAGGGAAGUUAGAGGACAUCCAAGUUUAGACAUCAUAGCAACAGUGAUACGUUGCAAGCGAUCACGUGACUUCCUGGAACUAACUGCGUUUAUUAUAAUUCACAAGGCAGCAGAUAAAAGAUUCAGUUCUGCAAGCUGCUGCACUUUGGAAUAAUCCAUCGGGGGCUAAAUAAAUGCAUAAGCCCUGUACUGCUUAUGUAAGCAAAUGAUUAGGGCCAAAUUUUUAAGGCAGGGAUGGGGAACUUCCAGAUGUUGCUGAAAUCCAGCUCACAUCAUCCCUGACCAUUGGCUGGGACUGAUGGGAGUUGGAGUCAAUGAAUGCUGGAGGACUACAAGUCACCCCUGUAUGUAUGUAUGGUUUUUUAUGUGUGUAUGCAAAUUCUAUGUAUGGCUUUGCCUAAGCAAGCAUGAAUAUAGAAGAACUCUGCUCCUAUUUUGCCCCUAGGGCCAGCUUUCUAGGCUACUACAUUGCCAUUCCUUAUUCUAAGCGGAAGCCCUGUUUCUGCUAAAUAAGCAACUAUUACUGUAUGGUUAUAAGAUUGAAUGCUACACCUAAUGCAGGAUGUUUGAAAGAAAGGCAGGUCUAUAGGCCUGGAUUACAAAGAACUCACACCAACCACUUGUUUUGCAUGACAAGGUGGCAUGACAUAGGAGAAUUUUCUUCUACCGGGUGGGUGGGAAUUAUGUGCCAGCUUUUAGACAUGCCAAAAUAGCACUUCAGACAAUAGUCCUAAUCUCCAAUGUCCACAUGAAACUGAUUAUCUGCUGUCUUCUGAUCCCUGAUAUGGUAAAUGAGAAUGGUAUAAUUUAUGGAGCAUUAUUAAUUACAACUAAUCCAGAAUGCAGCAGCUAGACUGGUGACUGGGAGCAGCCGCUGAGACCACAUAAUACCGGACUUGAAAGACCUACAUUGGCUCCCAGUACGUUUCUGAGCACAAUUCAAAGUGUUGGUGCUGACCUUUAAAGCCCUAAAUGGCCUCGGCCCAGUAUACCUAAAGGAGCGUCUCCACCCCCAUCGUUCUACCCGGACACUUGAGGUACAGCGCCGAAGGCCUUCAGGCGGUUCCCUCACUGCGAGAAGCCAAGUUACAGAGAACCAGGCAGAGGGCCUUCUCGGUAGUGGCACCCGCCCUGUGGAAUGCCCUCCCGCCAAAUGUCAAAAAGAAAAACAACUACCAGACUUUUAGAAGACAUCUGAAGGCAGCCCUGUUUAGGAAAGCUUUGAAUGUUUGAUGCAUUACUGUAUUUUAAUAUUUUGUUAAUAUUGAGUGGCUGGAGAAGCCCAGCCAGAUGGGCGGGUUAUAAAUAAAUAAAUUAUUAUUAUUAUUAUUAUUAUUAUUAUUAUUAUUAUUAUUAUAUUUCUAUUUUAACAUUGUUAAGAGCACAGUCAUGUUUCUUACCCUUUGAGCCUCCUUAAAUGUUUUGUUUUGUUUCCCUGUUAUCCAUUUACUUAAGCUCAACUUUUGCUUACAUUUCUCCAUCUUUUCGCACGAAUCAUCUGGUUUAGUCAAAACUUACUCUCAAAUAUUCAGUUCAUUCGUCAUGCAUAUGAUUAGAAGGGAUGAGUAUGUGCAUACUUUUGUAGUAAAACAGGUCACAAGCAGUUUCAGGAGUUUGACAGAGCCCAAACAAUUUUUUCUGUGUCUCAGCAGACACAAAUAAUGUGCCCACACAACCGUCAGUCCUUACCCAACUGAUGUCAUCUCCAGUGUCCCCAUACAUAGAGGCUGAGGUGAACUGUGAAAGUUGUUAGCGGGGAGGAUGCGAGACCCUUAGGUAGCACAGGGUUUUUAGAGUUCACUAGAAUUAUUUCUUUGAAUACCAAGCUUACAGGUCAGACGUUCUUUACACUGAUUUUUCUGCAGCUCAAAGUGUAGCUAUAAUUUAUUUCCCAUUUUUACCCCCAGGCAGCUCAAAGCAGCAUACAGAGUUCUCCCCACCCACCUGAGAGGUGCCACAACUGAGUUCCGGCAAGUUCUGGCUGAAAAAAGCCCUGAAUAACAUUUAUUUUCACAACAGGCAUGUGUGUGUGUGUGUGUGUGUGUGUGUGAGAGAGAGAGAGAGAGAGAGAGAGAGAGAGAGAGAGAGAGAGAGAGAGAGACACUGCACCAGGGCCAUGGAGGAAUCCUGGUUCACCUUAUGACCUUAUGUCUCCCAGGUCCUUGCACCAUACAUUUAAAGCACUCAUCUAUCAUCUUAACAGUCUUGGCUUCCCCACCAAUAAUCCUGGGAACUAGUUUAUUGAGGGGACAGGGAAUGGUAGCUCUAUGAGGGUUAAAAUACAGUUCCCAGGAUUAUUUGGGGGAAAGCCAUGAGUGUUUUUAUUAUUAUUAUUUUGACAAAGUAAUAAUCAUAAAUCAAUAAGAAUAAAAAUGUGCACCCCGCCACCAAGACCAUUCCAUUGUAACUAUCCAAACUCCCAAAAUUUCAACCCCUCUUGCGAUGGUUUGAACCCUUUCCGUUUUAACAGGACAAAUUCUACAAACAUCCUCCAUAUCUGCUCAAAAUCAUUUCUCCUUUAAUGGCGCAUGUUAAUUUAUCAUAAAUAGCUAUAUCCCACACCUCUUUAUACCAUUCUUCCAUUUUAUAUUCUGCUUGCCCCACUUUCAAGCUAUAAUAAUUCAUGCAGCUGUCAAUGAAUUUGUGAGCAAGUCCUUCAUGGGCUGUGAACCUUCCGUCCAUCGUAAAUUGAUAAUAACGCUACCUCUGGACUUUUGGUCAGCUUUAACCCAGUGAUUUCUGUUAUCUCCUUAAACACCCCUUGCCAAAAAAAAUUGUACAUAUUUACACCCCCACCACAUGUGAACCUAAUUCCCCGUUUCCUGGGAUCCCCUCCAACAUAACCCCGAAUAUUCCUUGUUUACUUGAUUUAAUCUGACUGGUGUUAAAUACCGUCUCCAAAUUAAUUUAUAAUCAUUUUCUUUUAUUCUUAUAGACAGCAUUUUCAGUGUAUGAUUCUCCCAUAUUUUCCCCCAGCUUUGACUAUCUGCCCUGUCACAAGUGCUGAAGUGAUAUAACUGGGUUUUAAAUAUAUGUUGUUGAUGUGAGCCUAGUUUAAUGCUCUAGCCGCCAUCUUGUUUCUAGCUGUGUGUUUUGGCCAGCCCUGGCCAGCCCCACAGUCCUGGCUAAGCAAACUCAGUGGGUUGGACACCUUUAUCACUUUCCUUAUCCCAGGUUAUUCAUUCAAGAGGAGGCACGCUUGACUGGAUAUGCUUGUAUUGGCCUUGGAGCGGCUCUUGACAUAUAGUGAGCUCUCCUGGCUUCCUCACAGGAUUUUACACAGAGCAAUCUUUUUCCCAUCAGUAUUUGCAAGAUGUAAUUCACAGCUGACUUCCUGAAAAUGUACCUGUGGCAGUAUUUGUUCCAUUAAGAGUCAAUAAGAUUUUUCACCCUAAAGUAGAGAUGGCUAACCUGUCUCUCUCCAGAUGUUACUGCGGACUCCAUGGGCCAUGCUGGCUGGGGCUGAUGGGAGAUGGAGUUCAACAACAUCUGGGAGGCUGCAUGCUAGCCACCCCUUACUCUAAAGGUUAAUUUAAUGCCUGUCACAUAUUAAUAGCUUUUAAAGAGGCUGGCUGACCUGUAACAGCUCAAGCAGAGUUUAUUACUAAAGUGAAUAAAUUUAGGAAGAUAAUAGCCACUUAUCCACAUUGACAUUUCAGGCAAAAGACGAGAACACCCAUGGCAACAUAAUACAUGAAAGGGGUGGGGGAAAGUGUGUCAGAGAUCUGUAUUAAACUUAUGAAAAAUACUGAUGCCUCAAAGGUAGAGAAGAGCAAUUUGGCUCUGCAAGAGAAAAAGAGAUCUAUCAUUGUGAAGGAUCCUGAGCCUUUUAUGCCUUUAGUGUGUUUUUCUUGCAAAAUAAUAAUAAUUGUGGCUAAUAACUGGUAUAUAGAAUUCACAUUAUAUUGAAAGGCUGUGAAAUACAGCUUGAACAAAUGUUUAUACAUAUAUUUUUCAACUGUAUUUUUUGCUACUGAUUAAGCAUUGUGGCUAGGUUUGUAUGGGUGAUGAUUUAUUAUUAGGAAGGUGGAUUUUAACUGUUUUAUGAAAUUCCACAAAAAGAAUUAAUUGAUGUUUAGAUUGUAAAUUCCUUGGGGGGGCUGGUUUUUGUUUGAUUGUUUGUUUAUGACACUCUAGAAAGUGCCAUGGACGUUGAUGCCACUUUAUAAAUAACAACAACUAUGUGAACUCAAAUUAACAGCGCAAUCCUAUAAAUACCCACUCAGAAGAAAGUUCCAUUGAGCUCAAUAGAGGUUAGGUGGAUUCAUACCCAUUUACCUCAAAAUAAGCCCCAAUGAGUAGAAAUUUAUAGGAUUGUGCAGUAAGCCAGUGGUUUUCAACCAGUGUACUGUGGCACCCUGGGGUGCCUUGAAUGAUGGGGAGCGGUGCCGCUGGGAAACACUGGCCUCUGUCCUUCUUCCUUCCCUCCCUCCUCUGAUGCGCUCUUGAGUCUCUGCCUCCCAAAGGCUUGCACAGCUGUUUGUUGCAGCAGCCCUGGCUACAAGCUCCCCAAGCGAAUGGUGUCUCUGGGGCUGGUCAAGGGGUGCUGGUUGCUAGGAGCUGAGGCGGCCUUGGAGUAAGCAAGUGAGGGAGCCCAGCCAGCCAGUCUACCAGCCCUUGUUGUUGGGAACGGACAGACAAGUGGGAGGGCAGGCAGGCAGACGGGCACUGUGUGUCAGGAGUGCAUGCAGGAGCCAGGCCCUGUGACCAGUAGGGCUUCGCAGGACUGGGGCCUUCCUAAGUUUGUUCUGGAGAGGCAAGGCAUGGCCGCACAGGUGAGGCCGCUCGGUAACUCACUGCACCUGGUGGCAAGAGCCGGGAAGGGAUAUAAGGUCAGCAUUUCCCUUCGGCUCUUUGCCACAGCAACUCGUUUCCUGCCUUGGGCUUCUUGCUUCCUGAUCCUCAGACCUCAGCUUCUUGACUCCUUGCUUCUUGACCCUCAGACCCUUGACUUCGUGACUUCUUGCUUCCUGACCCUCGGACCCCUGGCUUCUGGACUCUCGUUCCUGCUCCUACUCCGCCAUCUUACCCCGGUCCUGACGUCCUCAGCCGGGACUUCGAUCACCCGUAGACCAGACUGUGACACUGUGCUGGCCUUUCUUGUGCUUGUUGUGCGCAAUGCCUGCCUGGGAGCUGAGUGUCCAACACCAAAGGGGAGCCUUUCCACCAUGCAAGCCUGGCAGCGCCUGUUGCUGCCACUGCUGCUUCCCAAGGUAAGGUGCUGGCCUCAUGUUCACCUUUGGCCAGUCUCCAUUGGGCCACUAAGGCUGGGGGCAUCCUCUUUCCAGACACCUGUGGGGCAGUGUGAGGAGGCACCCCUCUUUGGGGCAAGGGGGGGUAACUCAGAGACUGGGAUGGCAGCAGUGGCUUCCCAGAGGCCUCCCAAGGAGAGGGGAUAGGAGAGGAGGCGGAGGGAACACUCCACUAAGGAGGGUGUUCAAAAAGGGGUGAGGGGCUGCCAGCUCUGCAGCCAUGGGAUGACAUAACUCCUGAGCCCCACAAGGGUGCCACAGAAAGAAUGUAGCUGGUCAAGGGAGCUGCAGACUCAGAAAGGUUGAAAACCUCUGCAAUAAGCAAUUGUAAAAGUAUUUCAGGAGAUUCAUUAGCUGCUUCUGGAGUAUUUGGGAACUCUCACAAAUUACCAAUAAAAACAAGGGCAACAGAAACUGGCAAGGAGAGGGUACAGAAAACAAUUGCACAAGCUAACAUCCCAGAUUACAUUACUUCUCGACAGCAGAUGAUUUGCUUUUAAUCAAAAGAAUCCCAUAAUUGAUUUUAUUAUCGUUUCAUUGUACUGAAAGUCAAAGUAGAACAUCAUAUACAAGCAGAAAGAAGCAGAGCCACUGAGCAAAUGGUCAGUGUUCUUAGAGACAUUUGUUGUGGCAGCUCCCUAGCUCCUUAUAGUUUUAUUCUGAGCAUCUUCCAGAGAAAUAGGGAAAAAUACUUUUUUUUUUAAGGCAGGGUGUUAGUGGCAGAGACAUUAAACAACCCCAGAUGCUGUUGGCCUUCCAUCAACGUAGGCAGCACAGCCAAUGCACAGGGAUGAUGGUUUUCUGGCCCCACCCUGGGUUAGAGAUAAGGAUGAGGUGGCACUGUGGUCUAAACCACUGAGCCUCUUGGGCUUGCUGAUCAGGCGGUCGGCAAUUUGAAUCUCCGCGACGGGGUGAGCUCCCGUUGCUCUGUCCCAACUCCUGCCAAACUAGCAGUUCAAAAACAUGACAGUGCAAGUAGAUAAAUAGGUAUCGCUGCAGCAGGGGAAGGUAAACAGUGUUUGUGCGCUCGGGUUUCCAUCACGGUGUCCCGUUGUGCCAGAAGCGGUUUAGUCAUGCUGGCCACAUGACCUAGAAAGCUGUCUCUGGAGAAAAACAGGCUCCCUUGGCCUGAAAACAAGAUGAGGGCCACAACCCCAUAGCCGCCUUUGUCAGAACUUAACCGUCCAAGGGUCCUUUACCUUUAUAUAUAUAUAUAUAUAUAUAUAAGAUAUUUAUUAAGAUUUUCCAAAUGUUACAAUAUAAAAAAGAAAAGAAAAAGAAAAAAAAGAAAAAGUACAAAAUACAAAAUAAAAAUGAUUAAAAACCACUCAAUUUUUCCAUUACUUAUUUUUCCUUAGCUUGUUUCCCGGACCUCCUCAUACCUCCCUUUUUUGUAUUCCAGUUCAAUUUGUUGGUUCAGCAAAUCCUUACCCUCUUUGUUUAUCCUAAUCUUUGGUCUUAAAUUAGUAACGUUAGAUUUUUACCUAUUAACAACCCAUUUUUCAUAUACCCUUGAAGGCUGACUUCAAGGGUCCUUUACCUUUUACCUAUCUGUAGCUGUCGGUUUCCAUUUAUAUGCUGGCUAAUUUUAAUCUUGCAUACAUUUUUUUUUAUUUAUUAAUGCAAACAGAAACUAAACCAAGUCUAGCGCAAUAUGUAAUUGUUGAAGGAGGUCAGAUUCAAAAAAAAAAAUCAAUGCAGCUUACUUGACUUUAAGAUGUUGCCUUUUGUACAAUCAGAGCACAGUUUUCCCUACAAGGUCAAGGUCUGUAACAUUAGAAGGUGGACGGAUUAUUACUGUUCCUUGUUCAAAUCAGACCAGCAAUCAUUCUCAAAUCCAUUCCUUCUAGUCCUAUUGGUAUGCCGUCAGUUCUGUCUGGAGGCAAAGAUAUGAGAUAAUGCAGUGUGACUGAUGGGUUUUUUGUUUCUUUUAAUUAAUAAGGCUGCAUGUUUGGACAACUGGAAACAGCGUUUCAUUCUGAGAAUAGCACGUAAAAACUGGGAAUACAUUCUCUUCUAGCGACGCUGAUGACUCCGUUGAAACCCUCCUCUAGCAACUGAAGUUUCAGAGAGGCUUAGGAAAUAUCAUAUUUGUUUUCUUUCUUUUGCUGUGGCUUGCAAUUUAGCUGAUGACAUGCUAUGAAAGGAUGGAUGCAGCUUAAAAUGCCUUGCUGAAUAAUUGAUCAUCAUCGCUUCAGGCUACAUCAGAGGAUGAAUGGAUGUGUGAGAUGCAAAGACGAUGUCUCCCUGCUGAUGUACUUAAUUGGUAAACAGAUCAUUUCAACUAAAUAAUAGAUAAAAAAAAAUAAAUUUCAUUUAUGCUAAAUACAAUUUUAUGUUUUCCACAUCAGUUUUGUGGAUCAAAAAAAAAAAAAUGCAGUAUCUUCCACUUUAGUGUAAUUUAAGCAAUCCCAUAUUCCCACCAAAAUGCAACUUUCCAUAUAUCCUUUUGAAGAUGUAAAACCUGUGCAAGCAAUCACACAGUCACCAACUCAUUUGUAGACUGUGCCUAUCAUUCUGUAGAAUACCAACCUGCCACAAUAGAUAAGGCAGGAAGGAACUUAAAAGAGGCCUCAUUGACUCCCUUUGCUCUCUUGGGUUUAUAUAAAUGCAGGAUAGUCUGGGCUAAUUAUUGUCAUCAAAGGAAGUGGCAACAACUUAAGUUUUAGCAGGGGGGAAAGUGCUUGAAACUAUCUUUUGUCUAUAUGACAAUGGCGGAAAUAAUGGACUUGUAGAGUGUAUUAUUUCCUGACAAUGAGAUCCAAAUACUAUAUUUCAGACUGAAUGAGAUUUUCAAAGCUGGCCAUGGAACUGUAAGUGCACAUAUGUGCAGUAAGAAACGUUUGUCUCCCAGAAGAAAACCUCAGUUGUGUAGGGAAGCUAAUGUGAUAGCUUUGAUGAGGCUGACUUUUCUUGGUGGCUUGGUAAGCAGGCUUUGGUAUCUUCACAAGGCAGAAAUGAAAUGCUGAAAUAAUAGCGAACCCAGACUGCUUUCCAAAAGCAUACAAAGAUACGGUGAGGAGAAUGAGUCGACAUUUGUCUCAAACAUUAAGAUCCCAUAAUACAUCUUGUUGCUUUUACAAAUGAUUUUAGCAGAGAACUUAAAAGCUAUGACACUUUUAUUAUAAAAAAUGAUAAGUGCAUUCUUUUUUUGAAUUUAAUAACACAGAUUCUACUUGCCUGCUUUUAUAGUAGAGCCAAUUCAUUAUUAUGCCUGUGCAGGGGGUGCGACUUCUGUAAAAUGUUUAAGGAGAAUUCAUUUGAUAAUAUUUGCAAAACAGAACGGCACAAUAUUAAGUUAUAUUAUCGGGAGAUACCAGCAUUUCAUUCUGUCUGUAUCCUCAUUCACUGUUUCAUUCAUUGGUUGCGUUUCUCUUUUACACUAAGCCAAAUUUUGGCUUUUUUCAAACAUGCUAGCUUCCCAGGAGAUUGCAUGGCAACAAAGCCAAAAUUUGGCUUAGCAAGUUAUCUGAACUUUGGAUCGUGGUUAAGGUCUCUACUACUCCUUAACCACACUCUAUAGCCAAGCUUUGCCCUACAAUUACAGGUCAUGGUUAAAUAGGGAAGACCUUAACCACAAUUUUGGGUUCACACAAGACGCCAAGCCAAACGUGGCUACCAUCCUGCAUUGACCUUGAAAACCCAGGAAGAAACAAAAUGGGUGCAAGCACAGUCACGUUAAGCCAUAUUGUGGCUUAACAUGAUGUAUGGACCAGCCAGGCCAUUGUUAUCAUUGCUAACACCAAAGUAAUAACAAGCAAAAUCAACAAAGAGUCUCGUGGCGCCUUAAAGACUAAACAUGUUUAUUAUGGUAUAAGGUUUUGUGGACUUCAUUAGCUGCAUGAAGUGUUAUCAUGAGAUGUUGCUAUGUCCAUUUUCAAAGGUGCCGUGAAUAAUGAGGCAUCUUUGAAGGAGGCAUGCACACACACAAUAAUGGGACCAUCCUGUGUUUUAAGCUCAAACCCCAGCUUGGCAUCUGUGUUCAUUUUCAAUGGCUUCAGGAAACAUAUAAAACAUACCGCAUUGCAAUAUGCCCUUUGAUUAUUCUCAUUGCGGAGUUAUAGUGUGCAUGCUUAGAAUACCGUUCUAUGUUUUACGCUUGAACCUAUUUGCAAGAAAGCCAGGAAUGAAAGAGAAAAAGAAAUCCCUACUAUGUAAUUCCAUUGAAAUAUCACAUUAAAAACCUGGCAGGUGGGUAUGGGGUUUCAGGGCAAAAACCCACGAAGUACAUUGCAUUGCAAUAAAACAGGAGUCACAAAAAGGCAGCCAUAGGGGUGUAGAAUGACACAAAAUGGCUGCCAUGGAAGGGAAGAGCAAUUGUUUGAUGAAAAGUCACAUCCUUGCUCUUUUGCAGCUGACCAGCAGAAAGGGAAAUGGCGAUGCUGCAAGGAAAUGCUAGCAGCUGGGAUGUCAGGCAGAGAAACAGCUUAGGCAGGAAGAAUUCAGAGUGGAAGGAGUGCAGAGUAGGAUGAAAGAAACCAUAGUUACUUUGAUCAUCAUUGGCUUAAGCAUGGUUCGUUCAAUAAAUCCAUGGUUCAAGAUUGGUGUGAUGUGAUGUGAGAACUGGGUCAAUAUAUACUUGUACUGAAUUCUGAAUAUCUCCCACGUUUAGGCGUAUUUUACAGGUUAAAACAGUGCUGUAGGAGCCACUUUUUCUGGUCUAACCCCACACCACUGCUGUAAUACUUAAGUCCCAACACCAUGCGGGUGGGUUCAAUCACACUGGCCCUGUCUAAGCAGUCAUCACCUAGUGGAGACCUGGUGCUGGUCCUUUAAAUGUUACAGAGCACUAUAGGGUGGGGCUGCAGAAAAUGGCUUCCACAGCAUUGCUGUAACAUCAAAAUGGUGGUGGGAAUUCAGUGUCACACUAAGGCUUCCCAAACAUUUCUGCUCUUGUCAGAUGGAAUGAUCUCCCGUUUCCUUCCCCCGGUACUGUUCUGGGAGUGCUCCCAAACCCCAGCUCAGCCGAUUGUGGAGGGUACCAGGGGGGAGAGAAUGGAAGGAAAAGUUUUGUUUGGCUGAAUGUGGCCCAUUGUUUCUUAUAAGAGUGGCUUAUAGUAGUCCUGGGUUGUUUCCAAAGGCUCAGUUCUGUGAAUGGAAGAACUUUUUGGUUAUGGAAGAAGUCUUCUAUUUCAAUCAUUAUACAUGCAGCAGUAGAGUUAUGUCUGUGAUUCUCAGAAGGAUGUAAUCAUGGCUACUAGUCAUGAUGGCUAUAAUUAUUGCCUCUAAACAUCAGUUCUUGGGGGACAAAAGAUGGAGAAUGAUGCUGUACUAAUGUCUGCUUGAGGGCUUCCCAUAGUCACUAGGGUGACCACUGUGUUAACAGAAUGCCAAACUAGAUGAGCUUGUUCUGACCCACCAGGGCUCUCCUUAUGUAUUUACAGACAACCUCUUGAGUCUUUGCAUCACAACUGUGACUGCUUUUCUAUUCUUCCCACCCAGCUAAAAAGGGAACAAUGGAGCAGCACUGCCUUCCCAUUCAGAAAGUACCAGUUUCGUCCUUAAAACAACUUGACAUUUCCGAUGUGCCAACAGAGAUAAAGCUUGUUCCCAUAAUUGCUGCACUUGUGAUGUCCAUCAACUAUUCACUGAAAGCACAUUUCAUUUCGCAAUUCUCCCUUUCUCUGAAAUAAUCAAAAACAAAACUUUUCAAGGUUGCUUCCCCAGUGCAGUACCAUUCAUGAUAAUGUUAUUGAAUGAGCUGAAAUAGUUAUUUCAAACUCUUGACCAGAGUCUACACUUUAAAUGUUUCUUGAGUUAAAAAGCGGUCCUGCUUUGGCAGCUGUUGCUGGAACAACAACAAAAAUAUAUUCUAAAAGCACCUCCCUGUGCAUGCAGGCGUCAAGCAUGUAGUUUGAGUUUUGUAAAGAAGAUUGGGUUGUUGAGUACGUCAGAACAAACCGUCACAGGUCAAAAUGAACCAACAUAACAUAGGCACUUCAUUCGCAAGCAGGUUGCUGUCGCAACACUCCUUUGGCAGUCGUUCCAGAGAGAUUUUGAAAAAACAUAUCAAUUGAAAGCACCUUCAGCGAUUAGAAUCUGGACCCACUUUCUGGCAGAUGUGAGCACAAAAAUUUGGGUUCCCAUAUUUUAAAGAGCAAAAAGAAGGACACAUUUGCCAACUUCUAUUUUUAACUAUAGAUCGCUUAUGAUGACUCUACCCAUGAAAAGGAGGGCAUGUCCAGGAAAAAGAGGACACAUGGCAACCCAUCAUGUCAACAUUUCUGGCUGUGCUUCACCUUGUUACUAUUUCUUGUGGAUAUACUGUUAAUUCAUCUUCCAUAUAAUUUUGGGCAGAAUCAAGUAUUUAGACCCUGACCUCAAAAGGAAUGGAAAUAUUUCAAGUUUCUUAGCACCAGGAUUAAACUUUUUGGCCCUUGGGCAACAUGACACUUGAAAUGUUUCCAAUCCUGCCUACCAGUAAGGGACAGGAAUUUGCAGUACUGUAAUUCUUCAGACCAAAACUCAUGUAAGAUUAUUUAGGGUUGUUAGACAACAGCUUAGGGGUGCCAUUUAUAAUACCUGAUAAAAGCCCAGUUUCUUAAGCAUGAGGCAACACAGUCUUUACUGCUUGUUAUAAUAAACCUGUGGAGGAACACAUUGAGUACAUAGCUAGUUCUGAAAGCUAAUAUUCAUAAACAGCAUACAAAAGCAAUAUUCUGUUGGGUAAAUUUCCAUUUAAAUGUUAUCCUUUCUUUUUCAGAGAUAGAAGGUGUACUGGAGCAGAGUAAAAUAAAAUUAUAGGGUCCCCCCCUUUGUUUUAGAUUUACCUUCCGUUAUUUGCUUCAGUUUCCCUGUGUCAUUAAGUUGUGUGGCUUUUGCCCUGCUAUAUGGUCCUUAAUCAUGCUUUCUGCAGUUGUCCUAUCUUUUGUGUCCCCUCUGCUUUGCAUUCCAUGACCCCUCUCGAAACAGUAUUUCCUUUGCAGCUGGAAUACAUUCAUUCAGCCAUUUUUGCGAGCAGCCUGGAAGAUGCAUGACACAGGCUUGAAGUUUUAUGUCAAUAACACUCAACUGGAGAUCUGUUCAACCUCACAUGGUUUGUCUUUGGGCCAAUUCACGCAAAACAGUUUCUCCCACACAAUUGCCCACUCCCUCGGAGCACAACAGAUCGUGCUUGCAGGAUGUCAGUUCUUCGUUUAAACUGGGGAUUCCAUGUGGGCAGUUCAUUUUGUGGCUAUCACAAUUUCCACGGGGAAGUGCUGAUGCCACCAUGUAAAUAUUUGUGGUUACACAAAUACACAACCCACAUGGAAAUACAGGUUCACACAAACAUGUCACUUUUGCCACAGAGAUGCGGCCAAAAACAGCAUUAUUGUGGUGGCAGAUCUUAUUCCCCACUGCAACGUUUCAAAUUACUCACCACUGUACCAUUACAGCACUUUCCAGAGGAGCAGCUGCGGUAGCCUUGUGCAGAAAAAAGGUCAAAGAGUCGUGUGGCUCUUUAAGCCUGACAUAUUUAAUUAUGGCAUGAAUUUUCAUGGACUACAGUCCUCUUCAGAAUCUUGAAGUGUUAUCCUGAAGUACAGGAAUACAUAUAUGGUUUGGGGAUGGAUUUGUAAACACUGAGGUCUGAGGGAAAUAAAAUUACCAUUGCUAAUUAUGUAAAAAAAAAAAAUCAUUAUUAAUAACGGUAAUUCACAAAACUGCUGUUGAUGACUCAGGAACUCUGGCAUUGGUAAUCAAUCAACUCAUAUAAUGUGCUAAAAAUCUUUGGCUUCACUUCAGUCCAUAAGUGAUAGCAUCAAACCCCUUGCUCCAAGGCUGCCUCUCUCAAGAUCACUUACAGAUUGCCAAGAACUGGCUUAUGAAUAUUGCCAUUUCUGAUGUCAGAUGUGCGUCCAUCUUUUCUUUGGAGCGGAGACUGGUCUGCUUGUCCUGGGUAGAAUGUGGAAGGGUACUGCUGGCAAAUGUUGGCAUAUAUCACAUUGCAAGAUGAGCAGGUGAAUGAAUGUUGUGGAUGACAUUGUUAGAUGAGUAGACAUGGGGACAGAAUUGGCAUCUGGAUGUGUGAAAGAAGUUCAGAUUAUUUUGAUUUCUUCUCAAAUCAGCUGGAGGAGGAGGAGAGGACAGAGGGUGUGAAGAAAGAGCUAUGAAUGGAAGGGAACCCUUCUCCUGCCCUUUAGACCCCCUGGGAAACUCAACAAACCUGCUGUACUUGGAACUGCGUGUGGAGAGGAAAGUUAAAUGGGACACAGCUGUGGGCAGCCUGAGGAAGUACCACCUACCUUUGGCCUGUCCAUAAAAAGCAAGCCUCAAGCGAGAAACUAGGGCGAUGUCUGCGUUUUCCCGGAGCGUCUUCUCGUUGUGAGACCUUUGCAGGUGAGCUGAGAGUUUGUUUGGACCCUGGAUGAAAACCCGGAGGCCAAGAGGAAGGGCACGUCAGAAGGAAAAUGAACUGAGAUAGAUGGAUAGAUGACAGAUAGAUAUCUUCAGUUUUUUGUACACUGCUUAGAGAUAUUUUUUAAUAUAUUAAGCGGUUUAUAAAUUUAAUCACCAUCAUCUGUCUCUCCCAGAAGUAUGUUAACUGGGUUAUAUCCAAUUCAAAUUCAAGUUCCUCUACUGACAGCAGUCCAGCUUAGACUUUCUACAGUAGAAUGGGGAGAUUUUUGGCAAUUCCUACUGCAAACUCCCAAAAUCUGUCCCAGACUCAUUGUCUGCAACUAUUAUUUUCUAUAUUCUUGUUUUCUCUGUUUAAUUUAAAAAAAUGUGUUAGCAACGUGCUCAGUAAAGCUCCAAUCAGGCAGAAAAUAUGUAUUUUUUUUAAAAAAAAUACUGGUCAUAUGAGAUUGCAGAAAUAAAAGAACUGUAUAUUAUCUUCAAUGCAUUCAAUCCUAUGCAUAUUUACUUUGAAGUAAAUCCCACUGUGUUCAAUGGGCCUCACUCCGAAAUACGUAUAGAUAGGAUUGUAGCCAGGAACUUAAGUUUUCAGUACUCUGAAAAAUGAAUUUGCAUACAGAUUUUUUCUACUUCCGCAGGAGUUUCUUUAAGAAUUGGUCAUGAUAUGAUGUGUGACAAGACUAAUGUAGCAAUAUAUGCUCAUUUUUAAUUGUCCACAGACCCCUCCCCACAGCUUUCCUACGAAAAACUGAGCCGAUUAAUCAAAUUAAUUAAACAGUGAUGCUGGCAUAUUUUACCCUCUAUAUCCCUUUCAUCUCUACAUAGAAAGAUUUUCAAGACAAUCCACAUAGGCCGCAUUCUGAUCACUUCUAUAUGGUUAUAAAUGUUCACAUUAUCAAGGACAAAAUUUGCCCUAUGAAAAGCACCAAGACACUCUUAAUGAACCCAUGAAUGUUGUGUGUCCGUAUGUAUGGGUACAUCCCUACAUGUUUAAAUUGUAAAUAAAUAAAUAGAUAAAAAUUUCUAUUUUCAUUUAAUUAGGCAUGAACAGAAAUAUUACAUCAUCAUAAGCAAAACUUUAUUAUGGUCAUAGACCAGCAUAAAAAAUAUUACUUACAAUGCUGCUUUAUGUAGAUAAUUUCCAAAACCUCAGCAGUUCUCCCACUUGAACCAUAUUGUCAUCCAGUUUAAGGUGCCCUUGUACACCCUCUGCAAACAGCUGGCACAGCCCACCAAUUGGGCGUUGUGUUGGCUGUGUGGACAGUGAGUGCCGAUGAACAACAGCGCCAGCACAAAUCCUUUCUGAUUGCAGGAAGUCACAAAAUAAAGGAAUUUGGGAUGCAUGGAGAAAAUGUCACCAUGCUCCUUUUAUUUCAAUGCUCAAGAAGGAAAUAAACUCCCAGUGCCUGCAGCCCUCCCCUCCUCUCAAUGAGAUGAGGGAGGCCAAGACAGCAUUCAGAAGACCCCACCUGCUCACCUCUCUUGUUCCCUCACAAACACCUACUGUGCAUCUGGGGCUCUAGCUGCUAGUUACUCCUCAUAAUUCUCUAUGCCUCUCUCUGGUCUCCGAGGCCACUCUCCCACAAGCAGAGGGUCCAUCCCACCCCUUGCUGUAUGCUGGCCCCAAGGGGUGACGUAUCGGGGGACAGAGGCCUCUCCACCAUCAAGUCCCUUGGAUUUUGAGGGAAUAGACCUCUCAGAGUGCAUAGGUGGCAAAAGGACUGCUGCCAGGGUGAGGCAUUCCUAGGGCAUGCUUCAGCCAAAGGAAGGACUUUUCAUUCCAUUGAUAUUAAUGGAAUAAUGAUAGGAUUUAAAUGUGCUUUGCUGUGGCAGGACUGUGGCACUGUGCUGCUGGAGUUUAAAAAUGUCAAGGUGUACGUACGUAUGUUAGAUGGAUGGACUAGAGAUGUGACUUAUACUAAUAGAUGUGUUUUUUUAUCUUUGUUGGCAUGCAGUGUCAGGCACUGUGCUUGGGCUAUUGGCAUAUUUUAACCCAACUGAAGUUACUCCCAAGAAAAUGCAAAAACAGUGCAAAUGGUUUGCAAAUUGAAGUGCUCAAAAUACGAGGUUCUUUGCAAUAAUGGGUAUCAGCCAGUAUUAGCUCUAACAUUCCAGGCGUUCUUCCAGGGUAAUAAAGUUGGGUGAGCAAGCAGUACACGGCGUUCUUACAUAUUAAUAACAGUGCAGUUACUUCAACACUAUUUCACAAUCACAUUCAGGGUGAUUUUCAUCCCUUAAUGCUGGGUGUAUACUGAGGACAUCACUAAGGCCUGCAGUCCUUUGCCUGGGUGUAUAUGCCCCACUGAUCUUACAGUAUUGGGAUUCACUUCUGAGUAAACGUGUAUAAGACUGUGCUGUUAAUACAGAUUGGUCAUCCCUUAAUCAUGACAUAGCCACAGCCAUAUACCAAAUGGAAGGGGGUAUUUUCAGCUGUUUUGGUGCCUAAGGAAAUAAGCAUGACUAAAGUAAGGAUUCUCUAAUCCUCACUGUUGGCAUGGAAGGUGGCAUUGGAGCAAACUACACAUUUACUUUGUAGCUUGUCUUUUGAAUUCAAGGCCUCACUCCCCAUUGCCAGUGCAGGGCACCUGAUCUGGACUGAAACGCUAACAUGGGUGUUAAGAGGGGCUUUGACUUUAUUUGGGCCACCUACACGUAUAUGAGAGGGAUGCAGGUGGCGCUGUGGGUUAAACCACAGAGCCUAGGACUUGCCGAUCAGAAGGUCGGCAGUUCGAAUCCCUGUGACAGGGUGAGCUCCUGUUGCUCGAUCCCAGCCCCUGCCAACCUAGCAGUUCAAAAGCACGUCAAAGUGCAAGUAGAUAAAUAGGAACCGCUGUGGCGGGAAGGUAAACGGUGUUUCCGUGUGCUGCUCUGGUUCGCCAGAAGCGGCUUAGUCAUGCUGGCCACAUGACCCGAAAGCUGUAUGCCGGCUCCCUCGGCCAGUAAAGAGAGAUGAGCGCCGCAACCCCAGAGUCGGUCACGACUGGACCUAAUGGUCAGGGGUCCCUUUACCUUUACACGUAUAUGAAGCGGCCCUGUUUAAAAUACAGCUGCUACUCCUGUGCCCACCUUUAAGAUCAGUACUGUAAGGCUGGUGGGCAGUAGUGACUGUAGUUAUUAUUUGUGAGCUUCUAUCCUAUAUAUUGUCUGUGAGAGAUAUGGAUGUAUAUGCUAGCUUUUUAAGAGCUUUCCUUGGAUUUCUACCAAAAUGUUUUAGCGUCGGGAGUCUUCAGUCGUUAUUAAACGAAUGUGCUAUUACUUAGCUUAAACUGCGGCUUUAAAUUGUACGUUAUAAUGCUUCCUCGGUUUAAAUUGUACGUUUUAAUGCUUCCUUUUAAUAUGUUUAUCCACUGUAAGCCACCGGGGGGGGGGAGGCGAUGGCCUCCGCCACUUAAACCCUCGCUGGAAGACUGCAGUUUCCACGGGCGGGGGAAGAGUGUAAAAACACGGAAUCCAAAGGUAUGAGGCACCUUGAGUUUACAUGGUGAGCCAAGUGUGGGGAUUCCCAAUCCGAAUUCCAACCUCAGCGAUUGCGGCUGAGGUUGGAAGUGGGACGCUGCCGUUCCUUCGGUGCUAAUGAAUGCGGCACACAGGGAAGGUUAGGAUUUCUCUGGCUGUGCUUGGGCCAUGGAAUACUCCUAAGGCGUUAUCUGUGCGCGCGCAAGCGAGGAAGGCCGCCUGCCCGCGAAGUCGUCUUGUCAAAGCACCGGAGCCUCCUCUCGCUCGCCUCCCCCCUCAUCCCGCCGCAGUCGGAGCGACUUCAGGGUUGUCACCACCGCCGUCUGGGGCGCCUCGGCCUUGGCCUGGCUUGCGGGCUGCCGCUGGUUGGCGACGGGGGGACACGUGAGGGAGAAGAAAGAGGCGUGAGGUUAGGGCGGGUGGAAGGGAGAGGAGUGGAGAGGAGAAGCGGCGGCGGCGGCGGCAGGAGUUCCCCCGACAGCUGGAGGCUGCGGUAGUCGGCGGUGUCGGCCGCAGUAAAGCAGCGGACGGCCGUUGUUGUUGGCGGCGGCGCGCGCUGUGCGCGGCGGCGGCGGCGGCUCCUCCUCCUCCUCGCUUGGUUGCCUGGGCUCGAGAGCCAACCCCCCGCUUCCUCGGCUCGCUCCUCCUUAUUGACAAAUACACAAAGGGCCGCGCCGGGCUGGAGACGCGUCUGUGGAGCCGGCAUGGGAGACAAGAAGAGCCCCACAAGGUGAGGAGCCAGGGAGGAGGGGAAGCGGGCGCCGACUCGCAACAGGCCGCUGCUGCUGAGGGGGAGAAGCGGCGGCGGCGGCGCUGUGAGGGGGGCUGCCGUUGCCGUUCGCCGCCGCCGCUUCUCCCCCCUCCCCUCUGCUGCCAAAGCCUCCGGCGGCGUCCCCUCAGCGCAGCGAAUGGCGGUGAGCGGGCGCUGGGGGCGGCGGCGAAGAGGUAGCUGGCAAGCGGCGGGGCGAAGCGAGGCCCCGAGCGAGUGGGAGGGAGAGAGGGAAGGGAGCGAUGUCUUGUUUUGUGCCUUAAACCUCCUUCUCUCUCCUCCUCCUCCUCCUCUUCCUUCUCCUCCUCCUUCUCGCCGCCCCCUCUUUUUGGGGGGUGUUUAGGCCGAAGCGGCAGCCGAAGCCGUCCUCCGACGAGGGCUAUUGGGACUGCAGCGUGUGCACCUUCCGGAACAGCGCCGAGGCCUUCAAGUGCAUGAUGUGCGAUGUGAGGAAGGGCACCUCCACCCGGUGAGUGAGCGGCCCAGAGAGGCCUGCGCUGGUGACACCCGCAUCCCCAAGGAAGGAGGGAGGGAGGGAGCGGGGCUGGCCGAGGAGAGGCGUCCGGGGGCCGCCGGCUGGGAAGAAGAGCAGAGCCCGGAGGCUGCUGCCGCCGCCGCCGCCACCAUCAUAGCCACCAGGGCAGGCUUUUUAUUAUUUAUUGCUCUCCCUCCUUCUUCUUCCUCAGGAGAGGGUGACAGGAGAGGGAGUGGAUGCGCUGCAGGCACCAGCUCUCUCCUCCGUUCCGCUCUCCUCCUCCGUCUGCUUUCCUUUCCUCCUCUCCUCUCCCCGCCCUUGCCCAGUAAACAUGGUCUCUUUCUCAACCCCCCCCAAAGGCUUAGAGAUAAUUUCUUUCCUGUGAACUUAAAGGCACACGUCCUCUCGCACCACCCUCAAUGGUUCGAUUUGCCAGUCAUGCAGUCUGGAAUGGGAUAGAAAAUAAGCUCCUUUCCCUCCUCAGCUUUAUUUUGCUUUGCUUUGCUUUGCUGUGAUCACACAAACAGUGCAGAUGUCUGGAGUGUUUGCUGUUUGUUUUUAAUCCUGCUCAUGGUGAUGUAGCAUUCCCUAUGUACAUAAAAAAUAAAAAAAACCUUAAACUGACUAAAUGUGAAUGCUGUCCUGUUGUGCAAAAAUAAGUCGUCUUCUGUUGAAGGUAGGACAGAAAUGGAUAAGGGCUUGGAUUUUCUUUUUGAGACCUGCUUAUAGUCCACUGUGUAGCCCUGUUAGCUCAUUUAAAAGAUGACUUUUGUAAUUAAUUUUCAUGGUGGAUUAGAAUACUUCAAGAGGGGGGUGUCAACAAACAGUCUCUUGGUUGUUCGUGUCUGUUUCAUACUUGCUGAUAUUUUGCUGAAGUGAGGGCCAUUGUCAUGUCUUGUCUUAAUAGCAAAAUGCCCUUCCUAAUGUUGGGUGGGAUAUGUGUGAGGAGAGAGGAAGAAUCCCUGGGAGGUACCUGCCAAUGAGGAGUGUAGAAUGGCAGCUGAUUAGUUGCCAGUUACUGUUUUGGGGUUACCAUGGUGGGGGAACACGCCUUUACUGGUAAUUUUUGGGAGGCAGUGACUGAGGCAGGAGCUGUUUCAGUCAGCACCUUGAAAGCAUAGUUGCUAUCUGCGCAGGAGCUCCUGGCAUAUAGGGUGUUGAUGACUACAGGAGCCACAGUGCUGAAUAAGAAGAUAACUCUUGCUUCCACACUGGCCUUCCAUUGGUUACAUGUGAGGUCUAGGAACUUAAAGCAUACAUAUUUUCCACUUCUCAUCCUCACCUCCCACAUUCUGCCUUUACCUUCCAACAGAUAUUGGUAAAGUUACACAUUUUCCUGUGCUCUUCAUCUUCCUCCAGUGGUGGCAGAUGCUUCACGUCAGAGGACCACCCCAGCAGCUGUUUCUGGGACUGGGCCACACAUAGGCAGAUGUCAGGUUUUUGUCUCCAUACAACACUUAUUUUCCUGGAGGAAAAUAAAAUCCAUUUACAUAGAUUUAAGUGGAUGUAAAAGGUUAUAGUCAGAGAUACUCCUGAGGGAAAAGGUAAAUCCAUUCCCCACCCAUGGUGAUUCCUGGACAUUAAUAAUGAAGAUUGGUCCUAUCUGCACAACUGUGUCAUGAUUUCUCUUUUUCGGUCACACUGAAUUGUGACAAACAGUUAGGAGAUGGCUUAUUUAUGUAGAAAUGUUUAUUUUACUCACAGCAAUAUUGUUUGCCCACUUAAAAUUAAUUAUAUACCCUUUUUAGGUUAUUACAUACCCCUUAUAGGUUAGAUGCAUUCCAUUGCUUGGAAAAUUCUGUACAAUCCAAAAUAAGUCUUUUGUGCAGCAGCAUUACAGGAAAAAUGUGGAAGUAUUGUACUUAUGAGUCCAGUAAGUCACAGGUUUAUUAAACCUCAGUGACUGAGAUUUAAUGCACUGAAGCAUAUGCAUGAAUGAUUACAUAUUUACUAACUGAAUAUUUAUAUGCUGCUUUACUUUUGCCCAUGGUGGCUCACAGAGCAAAUAAAACAUAAUUUUAAAGCAACAAUAUUUAUAACCAAUGUAAAACAAUACACCUAGGCAUAAUAAGAGACAAUAUAUCUUCUAAACCUUAUGCAGGGCAGAGAUAGAAUAACACCUUCUGCUAUCAACAGGGGGGACCUCAGGGCAAUUGUGCUAAAAGCCCCCUCUUGGUAGCUGCUGUUAUUGGUGAAGUGAAAGUAUACAAGGUCUUGUCGCUUAAGUGUACGUGCAACAUUGGCUGAUAUAGGGGAAGACAGUCUCUCUGGAUCUUAGGCCCCAAAGAUCUUUAGAGUUAAGCAUCAUCACCUUGAACUGAGCCAGGAAUGUGCUAGCAGUGGUACAGUUGCUGCAGCACUGGCUGAAUAGGCUCUCACCUUCCAAUGUUCAGUAAGAGGCAGGUGGUGGCAUUCUACAUCAGCUGCAAAAAGUCUACAUUGUAGUCCCAAUGUAGCAUACAUUACAUGUAAUCAAUCCUGGACAUAACAAGAAAAUGCAUCAGCAUAGCCAGGUCUCAGUUCUCCAAGAAGAGACUAGGCCUAGGAAGACGAUAAAAAUGGCUUCCUAGCUACUGCUAUUACUGGUGUAUCCAAAAAUGAGGAGAUAGGGAUGUUUCAACUCCAUCUAUCACAGGCAUACUAACCCCUUCCAAAGCCGUCUUGCCCUCUUUAAUACCAUCCAUUUGUCCUUAGCCUCCAUACACUUAUUUACGAGCAUCUUCUGGAUGUGUACAUUGAUUACACUCAACCCCAAAGCUCUAGAUCAGGGGUGUCUGUUUCCUGGCACAGUCAUUUUUUGUCUCUCCCAAGACCUGCCAAUUUUGGCAAUGACCAAAAAAGGGGGGAAAAGGGGGGGGAGAGAAAGAUACAGCACUAGGGUAGACAGCGUGUUUUAAACCUCUCCACCCAACCUCUCAUCAGUCAUCAGAUUGAUCAGUUGAUAAGCAGGCAGGGGGUGAUAACCCCUUCUGAACAGCUGGUCAGCAUGGAUCAACAGGAGGGUCUGCAUCCUGUGUCUGUAUUUGUGAGAGAGUGGGAUGGUCACACCCAUCACUGGCAUGCAGUUGCCAGAGGGCUUCCUUGGGACAAAAGAGGUUAGCCACCCCUGCCCAAUUCCCAUAAUGCUGAACUGAUACCCCCAGAUUGAAAAAGUCAUAGGAGAACCCUGCGUGUGUGUGUGAGGGGGGGGGGCGGAGAGAGAGAUACAUGUCUGUGCAGGCUUGCAGUUCUGCAUCUUGAUCCUGUACAAAUCGCAUGGAGUUUAAUGGGUUUUAAUUUCAAGUAAGAAGGCAUAGGAUUUCAUCCACUAAUCAAGGCUUUCAGGAUGCAGUUUUAUAAUAAAAGCUAUGUCUUUAUUCAUACAUUGUUAUAUUGAAUAUUUGUGCCAAAGUGUAUCAAAUUAAUGAGUGGAGAUUUAGCAAAAAAAUUAUUCAGGUUGAUGUCUUCAUAAUAAUCUUGCUAAUACUGCUUAUAUUAUAUGCCUUCUCUUACUAUUUUUUGUACCUUGUUUAGGCAUAAUUAGUAUUCACUAAUUUCAGUGGUUCUAGCCCAGUGUUGGCCAAACUUGGGUUUCCAGCUGUUUUGGGACUACAAUCCCCAUCAUCCAUGACCACUGACCCUGUUAGCUAGGGAUGAUGGGAGUUGUAGUCCAAAAACAGCUGGAGACCCACGUUUGGCCAACACUGUUCUAGCCAUACUUGGAGUAGAACAAUGAAAUCAAUGGACUUAGCUCAGCCAUGAGUAACUUAAGUCCACUCAUUUCAGUGGGUCUAAUCUGAUUAUGACUUAGUUGGAUACCAUAUUAUGAAUUUUCAGUAAAACAUCAGUUUGCCUGAUCUUUCUAACCUGUAUACUCUGUUGGCUUCCCUAUGCUUAAUGUUUUCCACCAUUAUCAUAGCUGGCAGCUCACUGUGUAAAAUAAAUACAUAAAUAAAGCAGUUUUGGCAUCAAGGACUAUUUUUUUCUGGUUACUGGAAACCUGCCUGGUAUUCUACAGUGCUUCCUCCUUGCCUUUGGUACUAUUCAGCUGCAUCACAAGUGGUUUUUCUUUUCCUCCCAUUAUGUCCUUGGAGAUACAGUGGUGCCUCGCAAGACGAAAUUAAUCCGUUCCGCGAGAGUCUUCGUCUAGCGGUUUUUUCGUCUUGCGAAGCAAGCCCAUUGACGGAUUAGCGCUAUUAGCGCUAUUAGCGGUUUAGCGGCUAUUAAAGGCUUAAAGGCUAAGGGGAUUAGCUGCUAAAAGGCUAUUAAAGGCUAUUAAAGGCUUAGCAGAUUAGAUAAAGGGGGGGAAAAGCGAAAAAAAAUCUCAAGACUCGCAAGGUAUUUUCGUCUUGCGAAGCAAGCCCAUAGGGGAAUUCGUCCUGCGAAGCAACUUCAAAACGGAAAACCCUUUCGUCUAGCGGUUUUUCCGUCUUGCGAGGCAUUCGUCUUGCGGGGCACCACUGUAUUAAAAUAUUUGAAUAAGUGACAGAUUUUGAAGAACUGCCUUGCUGGAUUAGAUCAAGAUUCAUCUAGUUCAGCAUGUUGUUUCCAACAGCAGCUAGCCAGAUGCCUCUGAAAGCUUACAAGCAAGGUAUUAAGUUACAAUCAUUUCUUUUAGUUUUGUCUCAAGUGUCUGAUAAGCAGAGAUAUACUGCCACUGAAUAUGAAUGUUCCAUUUAUUUAUCAUGGCUAAUUAACAGACCAAUUUUUCUGUUCCCUGUUAAGCUCUAGCUGAGUUCAUGGCCAUCACCUUAACUUGUAAUAGUGAAUUAAACAUUAAAUUAUGGCCAUGAACUCAGCUAGAGCUUAACAGGCAUGAAAAAUAUUUUUGUAAACUACAGAUACAGUAUAGUAAGGUCAUGCAUAUUUGCUCUCAGAUUGGUGGGCACAGGAGUAUAUCUCUUGCUGCAAUGGCCUCAGUAGAAGAGGUAGAGGAAAUGUGGUUUUGUGGGUGAAAAGAGUAUGAGAGGUCAGGGAUCUAGAAAGAGAGAAAAUGAGCAUUGGCUGCCUCUAGCAUUUACUUAUACUGUAUGGAAAUGAUUUGAUACUUCCUUACACACCAAACUUUAUCCAAGAAAGGCUGUUGGCACCAAUCUGGCAUUGAAACCUGAAUGUUCUGGUUACACAUUUGCUAAAUAGUCCAAGUACAGAGAUCAUGAAGUCCCAUUCACUUUCUUUUUCAGAAAGGAGGAUUCAGUGGAAACUCCUUGUACUUCUAGUCAUCUAGUUGGUAGGGGAUGGUGGGACUCUGAAAAGUGGUGGGUGUGGUCUAUCUUAUACCUCACCUAGGUUUAGAGUAUUUAACAAAUAUUAUUUAUUUAUUUAAUUUGUAUAUUGCUCUUCAUCAGGAAUUUUGUUUACAUCAGGAAUAUGUGUCUGACUUUAUCCUUCCCUAGAUAGAGAUGCAAAAAGCAACAUCUUUAAAUUAUUGACAGAUACCAAUAAUCAUUUCCUUUUAAAACUCUAAUUUAGCAGCAUUAGAGUUGUGAGACUGAUUCCAGUUGUGAUAAACUAUUAUGUAGUCACCAGAGUCCUUAGAAUAUCAGAGAUUUCAAUUUGAUACAUACAUUUUGAUAUAGAUAGAAUUUGAUAUCAACUCGUGAUACCUAGAGUUUCAGUAAACUCAUUAAUUUGGAGGGAAUUUGCUUAGUAAUAAUAGAAAUGGUCAGAUAUACAGUAUUGAUAAUUUUUGCAUAAAAUGUUAAGGGGUAAAUUCAGAAGCAAGCAAAACAUUUAGAACUUGUGCUGCUAUUUUAUACAAAAAGACCGGUUUUUGUCCAUGUCAGUCAUGCAACUAUAUAUAACAGUCUUCUCACAUUCAUACAUAGGCAGCCAUGCAUUGCUCUAGGGUGAAUCUGUAUACAGAUGUAAUAUCAGGUUUCUAGCAGCUAUGUUGACACCGUUUUCUAAAUUUGCACUUGAAAGACAUUACAUGCUAUCCAUUCAAAUAAAAUGAAAUGCAAAUAGAUUUUGCAGGUCUGAAACCAUAUUUGGUGUUCAGAUUUGAGAAGAUCGGUAUUCUGUAAAAUGUAUGGUGUCAUAACUGCCAGGUGAUACAGUGAACAAAUUCCCUUGCUAUUGUGCUUUUGAGGAUAAGUGCCUUCUGUGUGGAAGUGAUAGCCUCAGAUGGUUCCCAAAGGGCAUUGCUUUGCAUUGUAAAACCACUGCCAAAUAUUGCAGUAGGCUACACAGCAAUCUGUUAAAUGUUCAGUGGUGAGAAAUGUUAGUAAUUAAGUCCUCAGAAAUUUGCAGUUUCAGUUUAUUAUGUAUUUAUUAAUAUAUAUGUGCUUACUGAUUAUGAGUGUUCAUUUACUCUGUUCUAGAUUAUAUGACAGAUAUGAAUACUAUGAAAUUUACUGCAUAAUAUUGUAAAAUAAAGAUUAAUUGUGAAAGUCCCUGUAUGCUUUCAAAAGUAAAAACAUUUGUGCAUGAAAAUUCAAUAAUAAUUAUCAAUGAAGAGAAAUAAAGUAAUUUCAUGUUUUCACAAAAUAAAUCUAAGGUGCAGCAAUAACAGUGAUAAUCAUGUUGGGGCCUUUUUAGAUUUCACUGCUUGUUGUCUGUAUAAAGCCAUCUGUUGAGAACAGAGCACUGGACUUGAUAAGACUAUUGAUACAAGCCAGCAGAGUUCUCCUCAUGUUCUAUGAAAACAUGGGAGUUACGAAAAAUCUAAUCAAGUGAUUUUUAAUUUUCAUAUAACAUUUAUGCCUUCAUCAGCUGUACUUGCUCCAGAAUGUUGACAGGAUGUAUAUCUGGAUGUGCAUUCUGUUGAAAGUAAUGCAGUGCAUCUAGUAUUUGAUGCUCAUCUAAUUUAUGUCCAUAGUUGAGAAUCAUUGAAGAAGAUCUGCAGCCAGAAACCAUUUGGGCUUGCACAUCUCCUGUAGAUUGGAACACUGGAAUAUAUUUCGUUAACACUAUAUUUCAGGCAAUUCUAUUUUGUUUGGUAGACUGUGAGAUGUGAUACAUCUACAAUAAAAUACUCAUUUUUGCAAGAAAUUAUUUCAGCUGGUGGUACUUUCCCUUUGUUUUAACAUCGAAGCAAUGCCUGCAACGAAACCAGGAAUAUUAUGGUUUAGCAUUAUUUAUACCCAAUUUUAAAAAAUAACAUUGAAAAUAUUGGUGCAUAUUUUGACAGUUGCUUUAAGUUUUCUUUGCUUCCAAAGAUAUACAUUACUGGCAGAAGAGUCAAGGCAGUUUAAUUUAUUCUGCUACUAAGCUUACAGUUUUAAAUUGGGUGAAAUUGAAUGGUGCCCAUCCACCAGUGGAACAGACACCAUUGGCAGAAUGAAUUCUCCCCCCACCCGCAAAGCUCCACAUGCACACAUGUAUGUGAGUGAAAGUCACACUUUAGAUAUUUGUGGUGGGCAGGAGGGGGGGGAAAGGAUGGGCUUUAGAAGAAUGGCUAAUCUGUGGCACUCCAGAUGCUGGACUCCCAACUGCCUACAGCCCCAGCCAAUGUGACCAACUGACAUAGUUGAUGGGAGCUGCAGUCAAAUAACAUUUAGGACAUUUUAAUGUAUUUUUAAUCUUUGUUGGAAGCCGCCCAGAGUGGCUGGGGAAACCCAGCCUGAUGGGUGGGAUACAAAUAAUAAAUUACUAUUAUUAUUAUUAUUAUUAUUCUUCUUCUUCUUCUUCUUCUUCUUCUACAGUCUUUGCCUCAAGAUAUACAUUAAUUAGCCUCUAAUCAUUCAAAAUAGCUUUACUAGCCAACAACAUACUGAUGCAUUGGAGAAAUAAGGUGUCACCACACUUUGACAAGGCUCCAUAAUUUGGUAAAGAAUGUUUGAUGAAAUUCUUUAUACUUUCUUUAUCAAGAUAAUUAUUUUUUUCUGACCAGGGUCUUUCAGAUAUCUUUAAUGGGCCAAGCAAUCCUAUGAAUGUGGCUUAUGUCAGCAUAACUUCCCAUGUCCCGUCUAUUAUGCAUAUAAACCACAGACGUAUUGACAGAAACUGGUGGAUUAUUUUUAUGCUGUUACUUAGUUUUAGCAUAUUCUCUUCUAGGGAUCAGUUGAAAUAACAGUAGCUGUUAUGGCUUGGUUGUAAUACAUGGUCAAAGAUGAGGGCUACUAGCCAUGACUUUUAUAUCCAUUAAAAAACAUAGUGAUCAAGAAAUAACUCCUUAAACGUGACUGCAUUACAUCUCCAUUUUACAAUAAUGCAAAUCAGAAUACAACUGCGAAGUUCCAUGAUAAUGGCAACCUGCAGACUCAUUUUUCAUUUUCAUGUAUAGUUAAUGUGUUCUAUAUCAUUUUAAAUAUCAUUUCAGAAAGUUUCAUUAUCUGGCAACAGUUUUUCAAAAUGACAUUUUACAUGUGAGUAAAACAACAGCAGUGCCAUGUACGACUCAAAAUCUUUCUUUCCCCCUUCCCUAAAGUUCAGUGAAAGACCUCUCCCAAGACAACAGAGAAAAGGUUAAUGAUACUUGAUUGCAUUGAUAGUAUUGCUUUUUCAUUGGUGUAAUAACUAUAAAUUUUAUGUUUCAAACAAAAUCAUACUAGCUAAGGCCAAUAAAACUUAAAUUGGUUGAGUGUGUUGGAUUAGUCACACAGCACAUACAUUCUCCACCAACAAUUGAAAAGGAAAAACUAUGUUUUAACUUUUUUCUCCACUUUGAUGUUCUUCGUAUUAAGAAAACGUGAUAUUAACUGAAAUGUGUUUUAUGUAUAACAUUUUUUUUUUGUGAUGUAACACCACAAUGGUGCAACUUACCUAGCAUAAAUGUGUUGACAUGGGUGUCAUUUAAACCUCUUUUUAGGACUGUCAUCUUUUAUUCUCUGAAAUGGUAGUAAUGAUUAGGAGAGCAUUCCUAUGCAGAAGAAACUGGCCCAAAGCAAGCUGGUGUAAAUUAAGCUGAAGUACAGUUACACCAGAUCCAGACUUUGUUCAGCAGCGGGGCUGCUGCUGUUGCUCUCCCUAGGUCUGUCACAGGGAAAACAAGCCUUUAAAAUAGUGUUGUACACCAGUAGCCAGGGCAUGUGGUUGAGCUGAGCGGGCUUGAGCCUCAGCUGAGUCAGAAUGAGCAAGUUAAGCAAGUAUAUGUUUGGAUGAACUAAUGUUGGCAGCUUAAUGCCAUUGGAGAUCUGAUGCAUCCAAAGUUGCUCAUUACAGUGGUUCUUGACAUAGGAUUGCCCCCAAAGCAAUGUAGAGCAUCUUACAGAGUUUUACACAAAAAAGGUGCCUGCCCUCAAAAAGCUUACGGUCUGAAAGACAGAUCUGGCAAGGGUGGAGUGAACAUAUGUUACUGCUUUUAGAAGAAAGAUAAUAUAAUUAUGUGUCAAUAUAUUGUUGCAUGUCAUCCCAAUCUCUGAGCGGUGCAAGUUCCGGAGGGUUCCAGGCACUUACCCAGGGGUUGUGUUUCCUUCAGAAUGAGGUACAGUGGAGACUGCGGUGUCUUUAUGAUAUAUGGUUAAUUUACACAUAUAUACAACCUGAGCCUACAAUGGAGGAGUUCACAGCAUUAAGACCCCAAGGGAGUCUUGCUACUUUCAAAGCUGCAGCCUGAGAUUCAAGCAGAAAUCAAGCAUUGCGAGAAGCCAAACUACAGGGAACCAGGCAGAGGGCCUUCUCGGUAGUGGUACCCGCCCUGUGGAACGCCCUCCCACCAGAUGUCAAAGAGAAAAACAACUACCAGACUUUUAGAAGACAUCUGAAGGCAGCCUUGUUUAGGGAAGCUUUUAAUGUUUGAUGCAUUACUGUAUUUUAAUAUUUUGUUGGAAGCCGCCCAGAGUAGCUGGGGAAGCCCAGCCAGAUGGGUGGGGUAUAAAUAAAUUAUCAUCAUCAUCAUCAUCAUCAUCAUCAUUUCUCUCUCUCCCUCUUUCUCUCUCUCGUUUCCCAGACUAUUGCUUCUAGCUUCUAUCUCACAUAAUUAAAUUUUCCAUUCUACCCUUGUGUCUUUAUAUCAGCAAGUUGGGGGAGAAGGGCCAACCCAUUUAUUGUCUGGCACGAAGCCACUUCCUUUGUUACUUUAAUGGCCCAUUAUUUCACCAGGAAGUUAGCCUCGCUAUCCAAGGAAUUUGAAUCCUAGGUUAGAUUUUAACACUUGCUGGGCCCAGGAAUUAGAAGGGUUUCAGCAUGCAGCCUACCCCUCCCCCCCAACUCACAACACUAUUUAAUAAUCAGGGAAUAAUGUCCCUAUGGGAAAUGUGAUUAUGCUGAAAUAAAGCGCAGAAGCAGUCACUGAUGUGCUGGAGUCAUCUGGCAAAGUUGUUGAGUUUGAUCCUGGUAAAUUGAAAAGGCAAUUAGUUAGCCAAGUGAUGGAAUAUGAUAUUCAUUAGUAUGAAAUCAUCUUUUUAAAUAGGAGGGCUUCUGUGGCAUUUGUCUUCCCUGCAAAUGACAGAGGUUAGGUUGAACAGAAACAAAAAACAAGCCUAAGUUGCUGUGAGCAUUUUGACUUUCCACAUGGGCUUGAUGCUGACAUGCAACUUAUGAAUGCCUAGUAAAGUGUGAGAUGCACAGAAUCUUGCUUUGGAGGCAUUUAUUUGUAGAUGGCUUGGCUAUCAAUGAAUUUUCACAUCUUACAUUGGUCAUCUUAAAAUUGAACACAGUUCAUUUCCCAGAAAACAUUUUUUUGACAGUUUCCAAUAAGCACUACCAUAAAUUUGACACUUGCCCAUAAAAUAAUUGCUCUUUAUGUAUAUUGAUGCAAAUGGAAAAAUCCUGAUUCCCACUUUUAGAGAAAACACCUAAGUUAUAAAUUCUUCAGGUUGUAAAAUUGUUACAUUGGUCACAGCUUUUGAAACACAAUAAAAAUAAAGCAUUUAAUUUGUGGCAUACUCUUUGCUUAUUUUUGUAGGGAUGAUCAAGGCAGUUAACAAAAAGUUUAAUGUUAGUUGGAGCUCAGUAAUAUUAGCUAAAAUACAAACUAGGUAAAGAAGCUUACCAAUGUUACAUUGGUCACUACAGAAUUACUCAACUUUAGGAUUCUAACGCACUGUUAAAUGUCAAUCUUUUUCUUUUAGUUAAUCAUUGGUGAAAUUAUUUUCUGGAAUAUUCAAAUAACAAAUAUACAUGGUAUAUUACAUAUGCUACAGAUGUUUUUAUCUUACAGUUUUGAUGUUAGAUCUUUAAUGCGGCUAAAUUUUGGAAAUAUAAAUGAAAGUCUUUUUUGUCUCACACUUCAGAAAGUCAUUUCUUUUAUUUGAAAGAAAAGUAAAAUGGAGCUAGGGAGCUGUGAAUAAGGAGCUAAAAACUAGUUUCUGGGUACCAUUUAGAAGACAAUAAAAGGAUGUUUGAUGCUGUAUUUUCACACUGCUUGCUUUUAACACUAACAGGAACUACUGCUCAUGUAACUUGCUUUUGGCUGCAAUCCAAAGAAAGGAAAGAGCUGUGUGGCUUACCAGAGCCUUGUUUGCUGUUUUUGCUGCAGCAAGAGACAGCCAAAGUAACAAGUAGGUUUUAAACCUAAACUGGCAAUUUAAGUUUAGGGUAUAGGUUUAACUGUUUCUGCUAUCUUGUGUAUACUGUUUAGAGUUAAGAUACCAUUUGGUCAAUUGUUUUAUGUCCUCAAUAUAAUCAUUCUAGUUCAGACUCUGUAUACACAAUACUAGAAUGAAAGGAACUGUAACACCAGUCAGUAGAUGCAGGAUCCUGAGUUGGUUCUGUGUUCUGGCAUUGCUCUAUUGAGUCUCAUGUUGGCCAGGUGGUUUUAGCUGGCUUGUUAAAGAAGUCAUAAUCAUGUAUCAGUUUUCUUUCAGGACCAUAUGGUGAGUCACCAUGUGAUGAAACUAGUUAUAUCACAAUCUGGAUGACUGAUAACCUGAGUCUACCUGCUGCCUUCCUUCCGGAUAGGAGUUAAAACAGCACUAGCUAAACUGAUGAACCACAUUCUUAAUCACACCAGUUUCAUAGGCAGACCACACAAGCCCUAAACCUGGGCGUAGCCAACCUUUUUGGAUCAGUGGGUGCAUCUUGAAGUUUGAUAGAGUGCUGUGGGGUGACAGUCACGAAAAAAGCUGCUGGGUGUUUGUGAUAACACAAAAUGGUUGAUAAGGGGAGUGUGGCAUAAUACAAACUUAGAGAGAAAGAUGGCCCAAACCAUCUUAUGCGUACCAUGGGAAGUGAGCUAUGUGUUACUGUUUCUGAUUGUAGAGAUAACACAAUAUUGUUAUAAAAUAACACACACACACACUCACACUCUGAUGGUGAUGCUGCCUAAUAGCAACAGCGAGUGUUCCUCAGAAUCAGAGAAAAUACAAAGGUGGCCACACCAUGCUCACACUCACUUCACAGAAAUUGCUUGAAAGGUCCUGACCGUCUUGCCCCAUAACUUUCUUCCUAAGCAGGCUAGAGAUCUACCUUUAAAAAAAAUUCAGGGAGUCGGGGCACCUGCUUAGGGACAACAAUGAAAGCCUUUGGGGGCCGGGUUGGUGAACUGUGCCCUAGAUUUUCCCAGGAAUGAAAAUUGAACUCUGAUUUUAGGGUGCAAUCAGACCUUACCACACGCAGGAAGUAUCAGCUAUCUUGCAAAUAAAUGAAUAAGUAUUGUUAGUAAUGCAAAGAAAGGGAGCAGGGGGAGAGAAAUUAACUACAAAUACAAGGAAAGACUGGCCUAAAAGCAGAAACAUCCACACACACAAUAUGCUUUGUAAGAUAUUGUAAGCCACCACAUCUGAAAUUCCCACUUUAGGAAACUAAAGGCAAGGGUAACAAGGUAAAAAAUGGCAUGCCUUCAUCCCUGGAAAUAGGGAUAGGCAUUAUAUAAUAAUAUGAAGGGGUCAUAGGCACGGUUCUAGUUGAAGGGUGUGCUUCUUGAGUUUCUAACCCACUUAUAUCAUGUAAAUUGGGAGGUUCCUGGGCUUUUUCCUCAGAAGGCAAGAAAAUAGGACAGUGCUGCACUUUAUAGCCCUCUUUCAGAUGUGCUAUUCUUUAGUAUCCUUCUAGUGGCCCUGUGCUGAAUUAGUCUCCUCUACAGGAUCUCUGCUGAUAGUCUCUUAGAUUGUGUAAUAGCAUGGCAUUAAGUAGGUGUUGCUGUGUUUUUAUGCCCCAUAGGCAUUACAGGCUACUAAACAACUCAGCUGCUGAAUGCAUAUACAGAGGUACCUCGGGUUACAUAUGCUUCAGGUUACAUAUGCUUUAGGUUACAGACUCCGCUAACCCAGAAAUAGUACCUCGGGUUAAGAACUUUGCUUCAGGAUGAGAACAGAAAUCGUGCUUCAGUGGCGCGGCGGCAGCAGAAGACCCAUUAGCUAAAGUGGUGCUUCAGGUUAAGAACAGAUUCAGGUUAAGAACGGGCCUCCGGAAUGAAUUAGGUACUUAAUCCGAGAUACCAUUGUAGCCAGCUAGUAUUCAUUGUUUUGAAAAAUAAAGAGUUAGUUACAGAUUUCCAGAAUAUUGCAGUUAAAGUCUACAUUAUUUGUGUUAUUCUGCAAUGAGGCUUCCAGGAAGAUACUCAAAAUUUAAGACUUGAGGAAUAUAGAAAGGAAAUUGCUCUACAUUUUCAAAGUGUUCAGCAAUAAAAAGUGGAUUAUGUUUUAGGACUUAGAAGAUAUCAGAACAAAGUUCUAAAUAGAACUUGAGUUUUCUGUGCAAGUUGCCAAGAAAUAAUCCUGUGCACUAGCUUCCAAAUUGGUUAUUUUAUUUUAACACCCUACAGCUGUAUUCAGUUGUUACCUAACACUUACUCCAAGUAAUUCAGAUCACAAAUACAAACCUCUUGCUAGCUCUUACUAUGUUUUCUUUUCCUUAACUGUCUUUUGCUAUUCUGUGUUUUCCUAGCAGCUUAGUCAUUUUUCUCAUUCUUUUAAUUUAUGCUAAGAACAGCCGAAAUGACUGUUAGCAAUUAAACUGACCAGGCAUAUUCUGUGUGUGUGUAUGUGUGUGUCUGUUAGUCUGUCCUAGGGCAAUGUUCCCUGAGUGAGGCAGAGGAAGUAACUGAAUCUCAUUUCCACUGGUGUGCUUCCUAUACAUAUCACCACUCUUGUUUUUGACCAAGGUCAUGCUGCUGUACUUUUACAAGGUAAUGGAGUACAAGAUAGUGCCUCAUUUUAUAAUGUGGGUUCAUUUAGACAAACUUACUGAACAUUAGAGUGAGAAAUAAAACACAUUAUUAAAACUUUGCAAGCUGCAGCUCUUGCUAGUGAUAACUACAAUAAACAUGUAAUAAUGAGAAUGUAUCCUUAACUGCUUUUCUGGGAAACAGAGUAAAUCAAGGACAUAGCUUGUUUUUCAAGCUGUUUUAAAGUGGAGCUUUAAACAAGGGACACUCUGGGCCCAGGGAUCAAAGGUGACAUGUAUGUCAUUUGCUUUUCAGCCAACUUCAAAUCUGGUUAUUCAGGUGCUUUAGCUCACUUUUACAAUUACAAGAAAAAUGUCUGUAUAUAUAAAUCUGAUUAAUAAAAUGAUUUAAAAAAGAAACUAAAAUCCAGUGGUUGUGCAUGCAAAGCCUGUCCUUCCAAUUAGCAGUAUUCUAGAAUCUGUACUGGCAAGCACUGCUGAGCAAUAGUACAGAAAGCCGUAUACAUCCUGCUAUAGUCGUUUAGUGCAGUAGGCAUUGGCAAUGAAUGUGAACUGUAAUCAGUUUGCACUGGUUGUCAGAAGCUUUUCAGCAGAUGCAGUGUGGAAACACCAGCUCUGUUCAGCCUUCUCUUUUUCCCACCAUAGGUGCCUGCAAAUAUCUGCUAGUAACCCAGACCAUUUCUCCUCUGGUUGGUUUUCAGUGGUGGAAAUCGCAUAAUACAGUCCAUACAUAUUUCCACACAUCUUCACAGCAGCUUGUGCAAGGUAGCUAAUUUCAAUAAUAAUGAUUCUUACAAUCUUUAAAUAUGAUUAAGUUUCCUUAAGACUAAUGAAAUGAACUUAGUCCCACAUGUUUGGCUAAGAACUGACGUAUAGCAAUUUUUAGCAUGCCAAUAAAAAUUUCAGAAAGUAGUCUGCAUAGUGCCAAAAACAAAUAAAUAGAUAAAUGGCAAAGCGGCUUUCAGAAAUUAGAACUGGCUUUUCCAUAGAAAUUGAAAUAACAUGUUUUAUCUUAUGCUGUCAGUCAGCUGGUGGCAAGGUUUCAAUCAGUUUAAUAGAGAAGCAAUUUUCAGCUAUUUCACUUGUAGCUUGUAGACCCCUAAGUCUUCUGCAGAGGGUGGGGGACCUUCCAGGACAGAGCAGAAAGUGGUAAGGGGGAUUGCUGAGAAUUGCACCCUUCUCCAUUCUGCUGAUGGAAUCCUUACCAUCACCAAGGGAUACAAUCCAUACAGUACUUGAGUAAUUUUAGGCUGGGAUCCAAUAGACAGUUACAUAUAUUUAGCCCUGUUUAGAUAUGUGAGUUUAAGCCUUCAAACUACAGGUUUAUAGCCUUAUGUAAAACCAUCUCUAAAGUCGUAAGUGGAUUACAAAAAUAGAACAUAAAGCAAUAAAGCAGUAUAAUAAAAACAGAUACAACAUAAAAAUCAGUAUCAUUAAAACUAAAUUUGGAAAAAAAUCAGUAAUAACGGUCCAGUCUCAUGGGUGAGGAAGUCUGAUGUUUAUUAAUUACAGUCAUAUACAUAAUCAACUUUAAUUAAAUGUCAGUAGAUACAAGGUGUAGUCUAGCAAGGAAUACUUACAAGCCCUAUGCUAUUCACUUCAGUGGAUCUUGCACAGGGAUGACAUGUGACCUGUUACCUCCAUAAUAUUACCAUUACUGUAUUCGUUUAUGCCUGGUGUAUUUAAUGAAUUGACAAUCUCUUUUGAUCGCAUAUGAAUUUUCUAGCCUCAGAUUUUUUCCAAAUAAUUAUUAAUUAUUGGAGCUUGCAGAAGAAUAGUGGGUGAUUGUGGUUCUUCAUGUGAAUUAAUUUGAGGGUGAAAGGGCUUUUAAAUUUUUUUUUGCAAGGGUCACUUAGCAGUAACAUCUUAUGCUCUAUUAAUAGAUUCAGUUUGUAUUCCAUUGUUUAGAAAAUUAAACUUGUGUUCAAUUUUCGCUUUAAAUUGAUCUUAACCCUGUAAAUCAUUUCCCCAAAACCUUUUAUACUGAUGAUUUACAAUGAAUUGAAAAAAAUGUUUAAAAUAACUUUUGUUAAAAAACCAGAAGCAUUUUUAAUAGGUAUUACAGGAAUGAAUAUACCGAAAGAAUACAAUAAUUUGUUCAUGUAUGCAACCGGCCCCACGGAUAUUGUUAGCCCAACACUGGAAAGAAGAACAAGUCCCUGCUAAAGAAGAUUGGCAACUUAAAUUAAUGGAAUAUGCCAAAAUGGCUAAAUUAACUGGAAGACUUAGAAAUCAAGACAACAACAAAUAUAAAAAAGAAUGGAAAAUGUUUAUUGCAUAUUUACAAAAGCAUUGUAAGGAAGUUAAUACAGUAGCAGGUUUUUUUUAAAAAAAAUACUUGUAAUAUUAAGGAGAAUGUUUAAAUUCAGAAAUUAUUAAAGAUAAAGAAAUUUUUGACAUGUUUAAAUUAAGAUAAUACAAAAGAACCAGGGGAGGGAGUGGGGGGAAGUUGAGGGAUCUAAGUAAUCCCAAAAUUUGAAUUUAUUACGGUGUGAAAAUGUUUUAUUUCCCUUUUUUCUGUCUUUUAUUAUCUUCCUUUUUUGGUUUAUUUUCUCUUUUUAUAUUUAUGCGAUGAUAAUGUUUAAUUUUGAAAAAUAAUAAAAAAUAUUAUAUAUAAAAAUGGAUCUUAACCCUAAGAACUGCUUUCCAUGCCCCACAUUAACACAUCUGGAGUAAAACAGCAAUUUUGCCAAAAUUUUGCUUCUUUUGUUUUGAAUAAGAUUGGUAAAAAGAGGUGUAAUACAAAUAUUGUUCACAAGGUCUAUUUUGCUAUCAUUCAGUUAUUAAUAAUUUAUUCCAUCAUCCUUUUAGAUAUUUAAUAAAACAUUUGAGCACAUACAGUUUUUUAUGAUGCUAUUUAGAAUACAUUACUAUUGUACAUUUGUGAUAAGUAUUCCUUUUAUAUAUGCAUAUUGAUUGAAGUCUUUUAAUUUGCUAGAUAAUGUUUUAUUCUUUUCUUUCUCCUUUACAGGAAAGCCAUAGCCCAAUCUUAAAUCAUGCUGUGGCAAUACAUACAUUAUUUAGAUAGGAUGAACCUAAAUUUUACACUAUUGUUGAGAAAAAUUAUAUUUUGCUGGGAUUGCAACAAUGUUCCUCUGGUUUUCCAAGCAAACAUGCUAGUUUGCUUGUUUAGGAUUGGGGCAGUCUUCACUGCCUCAAUGAUGAUUUUAUUUUAUUUUUUAAAUUUGCCAAUUACUUUAUCUUGUCCAGGGCAUGAAUGAAUUUAUCACUGUAUGCCUAAAAGUGUGAACCUACAAAUUAGAAUACUCUUUACUUCAGUUUUGUUGGUUAGAGAAUCUGUGUUAAGUAAAAGGUAAAGGAUCCCUGGACGGUUAAGUUCAGUCAAAGGCGACUAUGGGGUUGCAGCGCUCAUCUCGCUUUCAGAACGAGGGAGCCGGCGUUUGUCCACAGACAGCUUUCCGUGUCAUGUGGCCAGCAUGACUAAACCACUUCUGGCACAACGGAACACUAUGACAGAAACCAGAGUGUAUGGAAACACCAUUUACCUUCCUGCCACAGCAGUACCUAUUUAUCUUGCUUUCGAACUACUAGGUUGGCAGGAGCUGAGACAGAGCAACGGAAGCUCACUCCGUUGCGGGGAUUCGAACCGCCGACCUUCCGAUCGGCAAGCCCAAGAGGCUCAGUGGUUUAGACCACAGUGCCACCCGUGUUAAGUAAGCUUAAAUGACUAGUUUCUAAGAAAUACUUCGGCAACUUUUUGUAGUUUGCUUUUUUAAUUCAGUGAAAUUUUAUGUAAAAAAAUGAAUUUCCAAAAAAUAUGUAAGACGUAUCAUUUGAGUUGUCUUUUAAAAUUAACCUGUGAUAGGUUGUAUUGAAAUCAGUGAAAAUGACAAACUAAAAUCCUUAGUGUUGUAUGAAAGGUGUUGUCAGCUGGCAUUUAAGCUCUUACCAAUGCAUGCAAUUUUCAGAAAUUCUCUGCAGCCUUCUGUCUUCUCUUACUCUGCUCUGAAUGGUCUCCUAACUUUCUGGAACAGAUUUAGAGAAGGCUAGGGCAGGAGGGGAGUACAGUGGGAAGCGGCGUUGCUGAAAAUGCUUUCCAUCCUCAUCCCUCCAUGAAAACUUUACUGUCAGUUGAGCAACACCAUUGGAUGCAGACUACUGGUUUCAGUUCAGCUAUUUUGAGUAGCACUCAGUUUAUACAACCCUAUAGUUUUAUAUUACUUAUUUGUUUGUGAGCUGCCCAAAGAACACCUGUUAUAUGGUAGCUAUAUAAUUGCAGUUAAUAAAUAAGUACAACUGAUAUGGAUAAAAUACCAGUCAAUUUGAGCAGUUUAAAAGUUGUCAUUAACAAUUUUCAGAUGAUUGUUCUUAGGAUGUAUGUAUGUCAUACAUGGUUCCUUAGGAAUUUUAAAAUUAGUGUGUUAACAGCUUGCUGUACCUGAAUGUUACUGAGUUGUCAUUUCUGCAAAUAUUUUUACAUAUUGUAAUAAAAAUAAUUUCCAGGUAAAUCUAAUAGUAGUAGACACAGUAGUACACACUGCCAUAGAAGUGGGUGGAGAAGUCUUAAGAUCUUUCUGCCCAGCAGGCAUGCAGACUAUCCCCUAUCUAGUCAUCAAUCAGCCAUUUGAUGGAAAACCCAUCCUUAUCUUAUCUGCAUGGAUCAGCUGUAGAAGGGGGCUGUGUGUGCAUGUAUCCCAUGUGUGUGCAUGAGAUUGUGAAGUUGCCAUAUCCACUUUAGCACACAGAGGUUUUAUCAAAAAAAGCCUUAGAGUUUCGCAACUGGGUACCCUUCAAUAGAAAUCUUAAGGUCACUGAUGGGAUAAUAUUUUCUUUUUAGGAAUUUUCCUGGGACUUGGGGAAGGGCCAUAGCUCAGUGGAUAGAAUACAUGCUUCGAAUGCAAAGAGUCCCCGAUUCAAUCCCUGGGUUUUUUUGUUUUUUGUUUGGAUAGGGCUGGAAAUGGCUCAUGCCUGAAACCUCUAGAGAGCUGUAUCCUGUCUUGAAAAUGCAGAGCUAAAUCAUGGUCUGACUGAUACAACACAUCUUCCUUUCUUCCUAUGUGCAUUAUAUUUUAGUCUAGUUAGACUAAAAAUACUUUUGUGCUACACACUUUUGUGCCAGUGGAAGUUGUUGGGGAGGAGAGGCUUCACUGUUUCAAGAACUUCAAAGUGUAUUUAGUUGUUCUUUAGAAAAUGAAGCCUACAUUCACAAAUCUAAAUAGGGUUCUGUGUGGAGUGGGUGUAUUGUUAACUGUGAUCAAUUUACAAAAAAAAUAUUUUCGUGCAGAAAUUUUACUGCAUUUACUGAUGCCAGGGAGUUUAAUUUCUCUCAUCCAUUUACACACAGGAAACCUCGACCUGUCUCUCAACUGGUUGCACAACAGGUUACGCAGCAAUUUGUGCCCCCUACACAAUCAAAGAAAGAGAAAAAAGACAAAGUAGAAAAAGAAAAAAGUGAAAAGGAAACGACUAGCAAAAAGAACAGUCACAAGAAAACAAGGUAAACUUUGGUACUUUUUCUGUUACUUAGAGAACAAAAUGAGAUAAUCUCUGCAAAAUUCUUAGAAAAGGGUAAAGAGUCUCACAAUGAUCCCUACCCACAUAGUUGCAAUGUUUACGUACUCCGCUGUUAGAUUGAAUCAAACCACAGGAAAGUGUGUAUCUUCAGAAAGGGCCUAAUAUAUACCUGUAUCUAUGUUCAUAUGUUGCUGAGCACAUCGUUCAUGUAUCUAUAUUUUUUAAAAUGGCACCUGAGAUCUUCAGAUGAAGACCAGGAUAUAAAUUUAAUAAAUAAUAAUAAUAAUUAUAUACCCUGAUUUCUAGAAAAAUCUGGUACCAGCAUUUUUACCUCCUCUCAAAAUUCUGGUCAUGAAAGUCUGUCUUUUAAUAGUGAGAAGCAUUUCAGCAAAGUGGAAAGUAAGAUAGAAAGGGAACAAAAUUCAGAGAUUUCACCUUUUAGACAUUUUAAUUGGCCUCAGAUUGAGAAAAGGAAAUUUGCAGUCAGUCAAUAAAGUGUCUGAAAAUUGGACAAACUAUAUGCACACUGCACUUGUGCACUUUAGAAAGGUUCAGAUGGUGGAAUGAAUUUCUACUGGCAGCAGAAACCUGUAUAUUUUUACAGAAUCUAAACUAUAUUUAUUAGUAUAUGCUAAUACAGUCAGAUGGUUGUUAUAUAUGUAAUAUAACCAGGGUCAAUUGUCUUAUAAUAUAGGGCAGCUUUGCCAGUUGAUUAAACAUGGUUGAACAAUUACUCCCAACUAUGAAACCACCCCAUCCCCAUGUGUUGGGGUGUAAAUUUCUGCUGCCCACAUUAUCUUCAAUAAAAGUAACCAUUAUGAUAGACACCAUUACUAUUUAAUUAGAAUUUGAAAUUAGCCCAUCUUAUCACCCCUUCUCUGUCUGAGGCCACCAAGAGAGGUCAUAUGAAGGGAAUGAAACUCCAUCCAGAUGAGACAUUGAUCUGAGAAUAGGUGUGCAGUUUGUUGGGAACAGGAUUGCACUCCCCCAAUUGCUGUAGCUUGAAUUGCAGGUUGUGAUAGUAGAGAGGAGCAUUCUUUUCCAGCUAGACAUAAUGUACUGGCUUCAAAAUUUCCUACACAAUGAGGAUUUUGCCACUAUGGUGUUGCCAUAACUCAUUUGAAGCACAGUAAUACACUCUAUGUAAGCUGACUUUGAUGAGUUCCAUGGAACCUCAGCUGGUCCAGAAUGCAGUGGCCAGACUCUUCUCUGGAGCUUGCCAAAGGGAGCAUACAUCACCUAUAUGAAGUGUGGGUGUUGGUCCUUUAAAUUCAUAGAGGAUUUUGGGGGACCCUCUGGAAUAGACUUUGGGGGAAUACGCGGAAAGGAAAGGGAAGUCCCACUGAGCAAGUGGAAUGCCACUUGUUCAGUGUUGGAUACAAUCCAAGGUCUCUGGGAACUGUGUUGGGAAAAACCAUCUAUUAUCUUGGAAAACUGCUGUCAGAUUAAGUUUAAAAAAUGUCAUCCUAGAGUAGACCAAUGAUACAAUUCAGAAUAUGGCAGCUUCUUACAUAUGUUUGGGCUUCAAAUAUAACCUUAACAUAAAAGAUUCAGAUGAUUUCUGAAUGACCUCCUUGAUUAUUUAUAUUACUCUAGGCCCAGGUUGAAAAAUGUGGAUCGAAGUAGCGCCCAACACUUGGAAGUUACUGUUGGUGAUCUGACAGUCAUUAUUACAGACUUUAAGGAAAAAACAAAGUCACCACCUGCUUCCAGUGCAGCUUCUGCAGAUCAGCACAGCCAGAGCGGUUCUAGUUCUGACAAUACAGAGAGAGGAAUGUCCAGGUCGUCUUCACCGAGAGGAGAAGCCUCAUCACUGAAUGGAGAAUCUCAUUAAAGUUUAUUUACUCCAGUUUCUUUAGUCUUUCCUCUCCAAACUUGCAAAUGUACACAACUUCUGCCAACAGUUACCACAUUUUCAUGACUUGUUAUCCACAGUGCACGAUUUGUAUGUUUACUCAAAUAUGAUUUAUGCAGUUUUAUACAAAACAAGUGCAGCAGUGAAAUUAAAUUUCAUUGCAAUCUACAAAACCUUUUCAGAUGACUUUUUAAUCUUCAUAUACAAAGGUGCCAUGAAAAUGUGGUUUGAAUGUUCUUGAUGCAGUGUUACUGGUAAGUCCAUUUUCACCUUUAGUUUAGUGAAUUCUAACACAACUCUUGGAUUCUAUACUAUUGGCAUGUACUGAAUUGAAUUUUUUUAUAACAUAGUUCAAGCUGCCUAAAUAUGUAUUAUUUGAGAAUUGUGAAACAUAGUUAUAUGUAUGCAAGUCAAAGAUCAACUUAAUCAACUAUUGCUGCAAAAGACUUUUCGUAAUGAUUAUCUUUAAAACACCUGCUGGUACUUGGUGUGGUUGAAUAGGAAAAAUGUUAUUAAAUAAAAAAAAAAAACAUUUGUAUGAAUUUUUGCCAAUGUCUGACACAUUUUACUAGAUUACUGUUACUGAAUUAUGUUGCUGGCUUCUCCAAUAUUUUCCUCACACAUUUAGAACAUUUAUUGUAAUGUUUACAAGGGAAAAAUAAGUAAAUCUGUUACAAGCAUUAAUUGUUUAGCUUUAUAACUCAAGUAUAGUACUACCUUGUCCUUAUACACUGGUAUUCUAUGUUAUUGAACAGAAAUUUGUUCUCAAAUUAUUAGGCAUUUUCUGUUUUGUUUUCUUUUUAAAUCUAGAUUUUAAUAUCUAACUGCUGUUGAUACAUCCAAAACGUGAUAAUGUUCUCAUUUGGCUUAUUCUUUCCUUCUCCCAGACUUGCUCAGUGUUAUAGUGAUAUAUCAGUUCAGCUAGAGGCUGGGAUCCAAAGAGGCUUUUACAUUGCAAUCCUGUACAUGUCUACUCAGAAGUAAAUCCCAAUGAGUUCAGUGAGACUUACUUCCAGAUAGUGCAUAUAAGAUUGCAGCCUUAAGUUUAUAGAAGAGUUUUAAUGCAGGCUUGCAGUUUCCAUUUUCUUCUCCAGCCAUAGCUCAUUGCACUGCAACGGAUCCCUUUCCCAAAGUUCUUUGGAGCCUUGGGAGUGGGUGGUGCAGGGGACUGUAGAUGAAAGGUGGUAAGCCUUGGAAGCCAUUCUGUGUAUGUGUGUGGUGGAUACUCCCUGUGCAGCCUUUUGGAUCCAAGCCAGUGAUAUUAAACGUUGCACCAGAGUGAAUAAAUAAGCAAGUAGUGUGUAUAUAUAACAUUUGUUCCUAUAUCAGCCUUUUGCUUUGAAAAACAAAAAUCCUUUAUUAAAUAUUAUAGAGCAAAUCAUAGGAAAAAUGCAGUUCUUUGUUUUUGACAUAGUUGUGAACAUUUAUGCAUUUAGCAAUAUAUAGAUACAGAACAAGAUUUACAGUCCCAGUCGGUAUUAUGUAAACUUUCCAAUAAAAUAUUUUUAUGAGUAUAGGUUUUGCCAUUUUGUUUACGAUCAGUUAAGUGUUUUGGUGCACAAAUUAAUUAAUAAUUCUUGCAUUAGAACUGUAGAAUGGGAGGGGACAUGGUUUGUAAUUCUAAGGGUGUUUUUAUUCAUGACUUUGCCCAUCAAAUGGACAUCCACUGAUGACAAUGUACAUUCUGAUUCUUUCCCACUUGUAUGGCGUACUAACUAUUUGGAAGUGAUGCAUUAUAAAUUGACAGUGGGAUCCUGUGCAUGUCAACUUAGACAUGUCCCACUGAAUUCAAUGGGACUUACUCCCAGGUAAGUAUUUAUAGGAUUAAAACCCAUGAGCACAAUCUUGAGCAUUUAUACUUAUCUGAGACUGUAGUUAUUAAGGAGUAAGGACCAUUAUAUUGAGUGGAAUUUACUUUGGAGUAAACAUACUUAGAAUUGCACUUUACAAAGGUGAAGGUGUUUUGGCAUCAGUUGUGAAAACAUCCUAGCUUGUACCUCUCCAAACAUGUUGUGCUCAGGGCUCUGCAUCUGCAAAAGCUUAAUAGACUGAUUCAACAGCAAAAACUCCCACCCCAUAUAUUGCUUUACUUUGGGGCUUACAGCAGUAAGUGUCCUGGAAGAACAAAGUUACAAGAGGAUGUCUGGCAUAUUUUAAGAUGUAAUCCUGUGCACACUUAGCUGGGAGUAAGCCGAUUUCAGCUCAGUGGAAGUUACUUCUGAGAAGAUAUACAUAGGAUUAGGUUGUUAGCGUUUUUAUUGUUGUUGGAUCAGAUUUGGUACAAAAUCCAUUGGAGUAUUGUUACAGGGGAAACCAUCAUUAAUUGAAAAUAUUUAUUUUGUGAACCAAUGUGAAAAAUUAGAUGGGAUAUUUGGUAGUAAAUCUAACUCCAAAAUAUUAAAUACGUAUGCUUAAUAUCAUUUCAGCUAGAACAAUGGAAUUUUGUAGCCCCUGACAAUUGUGAUGUUUGCUGGUUUCUUGUAGUAUUGUAUUUUAUUUCUGUUUUUAACUGCAGUACUUCUACAGGCACAAUGGUACUAUCUAUUUUGUACAAUGUUAGUUGUGAAAUAUAGUUAGUUGCAUAAAAUGAAAGUCUGAUGUGAUAUCUAAAACUUGCAUAACUCAUUUCUUGGUGUUGCUGUCUUAAAAUCUAAUUUUAAUAACAGGGUGUUGUUGUUUUCAAAUGGACUACUGCUGACAUGGACUGUUGGUUAUAAUACUGUGCUAUGAAACAGGCAUUCUCUGCUUGGGUUUUAAUGGCUUUAAAGUACAGGUAAAAAAUAUUGGUGGUUUUUUUAUGUGGGAGCAAUGUAAACAAUUCUUUUCCUCCUAAAUAUUGGCAAAGGUGUUUUUUUUAUACAGUCGUACCUUGGUUUUCAAACUUCCUGGAACUCGAACAUUUUGGCUCCCAAACCCGGAAGUGAUUGUUCCAGUUAGUGAAUGUUCUUCUGGAACCCAAAUGUCCAAUGGGGCUUCCGCAGCUUCUGAUUGGCUGCAGGAGCUUCCUGCAGUCAAUCAGAAGCUGUGAUUUGGUUUUCGAAUAUUUUGGAAGUCAAACAGAAUCCAUCCAAGGAACGACUGUAUAUAUAAAUUGUGUUAGAUAAUGUUCAUGGUAAAAGGUAAAAUAAGUAGUAUGAUAGCUACUUAAGUGUUUGAAAAAAUUCUAGUUAAAACAAAAUAUACAUGCUAUGCUGGUGAAACAGUAAUUGGCAUAUUUAGUUAUUAAGAUUACAUUUUCUAUAGGCACACAGAUGUAGGUAGGAAGCUGCCUUAGUCCUGCUAGCUCAACAAUUGUCAACAAUGGCUAGCAGUGGUUCUCCAGGGUUUCAGGUAUAUCAGCCCUACCUGGAGUUGCUGGGGAUUGAGCCUACGGCCUUUUGAUGUAAUCAUAUCCUCUAUCGUAGGUAUUCCAUAAUUUCAGAAAUUUCCUUUCCCACCGCACUCCGUAAUCAUGAAUCUUACCUGAGCAACUUCAUGGGUGUUACGACAUUUGAAAGUGACCAUAAACACAUUAUUUCCUCAGGGCCCCUUCUAUUAGAGCCAAUUCGUAUUUGUAUAACACAUUUGCUUAACUCAUGCUGUGGGAUAUCAUCCAGUUGUCAACCUUAAGAGACAAAUUAUGAUGAAAUAGAAGCAGUAAUGAGACUGUAAUUCAUGUUUUAAGCAAGAAGAGAAAAAUACUCUUUAAAAAAAAGGCAUUUCAUAGCUAACAUUUCGGAAGAGUAAUAAAAUGAGUAAUGCCAUAAUUCUUAAAAAUAAGUACAUUUAAGAGACCUUUGCUGUAUUGUUUUAUCCUUUUUACAGACUGUGGAGCUAAUGUUGGCAUGGAUGUUUUAAAGAAGCACAAGAGUUAAAAUAAUAUAAAAUCAGGUGGAACCCACUAUUACUCUGAGAAAUUUGGAGGAGUGUGGUUCAGUAACAUGCUGCUUAGAUAUACUGAUGCAUACGAAAUACUGUUACCAACCAAGUUGAAAUGUUACAGAAUACAUUCUAAAUAAACCUCCAUUAAUUGCAUGGUUAAGGUGUCACUUUUAAGCAGUUUGCAAGCAAGUAUUACAAAACGGGGGGGAAUCCUGCAUCCAGUGGCUAGUGCUUGAAGAGGAAAAGAGGUCACUUAAGUGCUGCUAAUGCAGCAAAAACAAUGCAGGAAGCAGCAGUUAUGGGUUAUGGGAAUCUGCAGCCGCACCAGGUGCUGUGAUUCUCCAUCUGUUUGACUUCACCCCUGGAGGCACACUGCAUUGUCUCCUGAGACAGAAGGAUGCCAACAACACCAGUAUAAGCCAAAUACUCCACCCAUCAAUUGGAAACAUGUAAGGUUCAUUAAUUGGAUAGUUGUUUAGUGAAGUAUAUAUACAGACUCAUUUUAGCUUCUUGUGUUUUUCGCUGUUGAAAGUUUGGUAACCAAGAGAAUGAUAGUUGGCCAUUGGACAAUAUAUCUGAAAAAUUCUGCUUAUACAAGACGCAGGGAAUAUGUGUAUUCAUUUUGGUGAGGGGGGUUGUCUUUCCCUGGGAAGCUUGGAACAUUAAUUCUGAAUAGAUCAGAGAAAAAGGCGUACUUGUUUGAGAUGACCCUUAUACAAGUUAACCAGGCAGGAAAUCCUUCAGCAGCAGUCCAUUACAGCCCACAAACGUAUCCUUGCUACCUCUGACAGCAGCAGAUUGCGCAUCCAUGCUGAAUCCCUUAUUUUUGAAGAAACAAUUGCAGUGUUGGGAAAAUGGAAGGAAAACUGUAGAAUAUAUCUGCUCUGAUGGAUGAUACAAGAAACACUGUUCACCUAGCAUACGGUAUAGUAUAUAAAGAGAAUUUUUAAAAAAAAAAUAAUUAUUGAAUGUGUUUGUGAGCAAUUUAAUUUUCUGUGGAGUAAGGACAUGGGGAAAGAGCGGUUUUGCAAUUCCCCAAUAAUUAUACCUCUGACUAAUUGCUGCACCAUGAAAGUCUGAUGUGAUGAUGCAAUUCUGGAUUUACUGGAAAGGGAACAAUUUCACCCACUGAACUGUGUUUCCUUUUAAUAAGCAAAACUCUGGUCAGAUUUAUAAAUGUUUCCGGAACAAAACUAUUUCGUGGCACAUUCCAAGAGGUAAUUACUAGGUGAUUCUUAUAUUCCAGCAAAUAUGUUUAUUUAAACAACUAUCAGUGUUUGGUAAUAGUAUGCCUGCUCCAUUUGUACCAUCAUUUCCCCCUUAGGAACUUGAGCUGGAGGUACCUUAAGGUAAAGGUAAAGGUACCCCUGACCAUUAGAUUCAG